CGCAAAGCCAUUCCUUUUGAAGCAGCCCAGUUAUGCUCCCAUGAUGCCUGGCCCGGCCGAGCCUGGCUGCUUCAUUCAGGCUCUGACGCUGCUGCGUCAACUGAGCAGGGGUGAGGUAGGGCUGACCCGUUUGAUCCUCUUAACACAAACAGAGGUACACACAAUCACACGCACACACACACACACACACACACACACACACAGAGGUAUGCAAGUACACACAAAGAGACACAGAGACACACUCACACACCAUUCUGGUUUAGGGUGUAAACAUCACAUUAUGUUUUUGUGGUUGCAGAGAAAGGUUAACCAAACCCCACAGGAAACUGCACCACUGCAACCACCAUGAUUCCAUUUCUUCACUAUCGUCCUUAGAGCUCACAUCUUUACCAGAAAGUGAAAAGACAGAUCAGAUGAUAAGGACAGCACAAUGUUUGACAGUUAUAGGUUUGACGGUUUUUAGACUUCACAGAAUCAGAGCUCUUCAUGGUAUCUUCAAGAGUUGAGUUCACUGAGGCUUGGCUAUUUCAUCCUUCCUUAUUCCAACCAAUUGAUUAACUAAUACCUGUUUAAUGAGUAUCCUGGUAAUGAGUAGCCUGUUUUAAUCGCCACUAGGGGUAAUAUCAACUGCCUAUCCACUACUGACAGUGUGACAGAGGUAUAGUCCACUAGUCCAACUCUAACUUACAGUUCAUCCUCACCAGAGUCUUUGACCUCAUACUUUAAUGAAUGGUGGAACCAGCUUUCUCAUCGCUCUGUACAUACAUGGACAUCUUGCGAUCGCGUCUAGCCACAUUCCUCUCAAUGCGCUGCUCUCAGGGAAAAAAAGGCACGUCGCGGGAGAGCAAUGCUGAGGAAGUGUCAUUAGUUGGCCAGGCCUUUACCACAAGCAGAACCGACCAUGGGUCUGACUGUGUGUGUGUGUGUGUACGUGUGCCAUAUUGAGUAAACCCAUGAGAGUAGAGGAAACACUUACUGGGUGUGUACCUGAUGACUCAACAGUCUGUGUAAUUUUGGGAUUAGGCUUGCCUGCCACACACAAGUUAACCUCCUGUGCUCCUGUUCUACUCACACUUAUGCCAUGUGGAGAGCCAGGACAGAACUAAGUUGGAUUUGUUGGGCUUUUGGUAAAAUUUUUGAGAAUGCACUCCCUCUCCCUCUACAGACAGCUCAGGACUUCCUUUGUCUCUGUCUGUCUUUGUUUGUCUCUGUUUCUGUUUUCUCUCCUCUCUCUCUCUCUCUCUCUCUCUCUCUCUCUCUCUCUCUCUUCUCAGCUUCUCCUCUCGUCCUUCCUCUCUCUCUCUCUCUCUCUCUCUCUCUCUCUCUCUCUCUCUCUCUCUCUCUCUCUCUCUCUCUCUCUCUCUCUCUCGUAGUGUGGGUCACUGUUGUCUCCCCACAGAGAGAAAUGAGACAGCCAUCGUUCUCUGGAGUGAAUCUCAAAAGGACCCUGUUAUCACCGCAGAGGAAACACAAAAAUAUGUUGCCAUGCCAAUGACUGAACAGUAAGUGACACGUUGAAGAAGUGUGAGGUAAAAAAUUAUUCAGACAGAGAGGGAGAGAGAGGAAGGGGUGGCGGGUGCUUACAGUUUUUCUCGAUUGCUAAGACACAUUUCUUGAAAGCUGCUCUCCUUUUCUCUUUUCUCUUAACUGUGAACACAAAACCCAAUUUGCAAGCUACAUUCACAAAACCUCAGACUCUUCUUGCAAAACCAAACUUUCACCUCAAAACAGUUCAAUCUGUGCUCAAAACUGAACUAUGUUGUCAAAUCGUGCCCCGAGUCAAUCAAAUAAAAAACACUACUGAACAGUCACUAAACACUACGUAGAAAAAUAGAAAACACAAUGCUCAGGACAUGAAGCUGGAGAAAUAAAUGUUUAUUGUUCACUGUAGGCUAAAUGCAUGUUGCAAAACAAAAAAAAGCUGUGCAUUUAGCACUUGUACAAAAAUACAAAACAGAAAUCUUGUGCAUUUACAUGUAGCACUUGUAAAAACAAACAGAAAUCUUAUGCGUUUGCCACUUGUGUACAGUAAGCCCAUGUAAAAAAUAAAGUACAAAAAUAUACAAAUAAGUGCAUUACUCAGCCACAGCAUCAUGUCUCCGUACUGGGUCAGGCCACAGGACUUCAUCCACAUCACAGGCCACAUUUUGUCUGGCCAGGCAACGGGGGAAAAAACCCCUGGCAUGCCGUAUCCAGGCUUGGCAUGCCUCCACACCUAUGUCACCACAGGCAAGUCCCAUAGCUUGCAGGAGAUUUACCCUGGUGUAAGGUUGGCGUUCAUAUACCUUCCACCGCCAUGAGAAGAAGAAUUCCUCAAUGGGGUUUAGGAAAGGGGAGUACGGUGGAAGGCAAUGAUUGAUAAAACCUUGGUUCAUAUUGUACCACUCUCUAACCUGGAGGGCUCUGUGAAAACUCACAUUGUCCCAAACAACAACAUAGAUGGGAUGCUCAUCCUGCUGCCCUAACAAAGCAUCUCGCAUGUGAUUGAGGAAAAUGAGGAGCUGGUGAGUGUUGUAGGGCCCCAGGUUGGCAUGAUGGUGGACAACCCCAUGAUUGCUGAUGGCAGCACAUAAUGUGACAUUGCCACCACGCUGCCCAGGAACACCAACAAUGGCCUGAUGGCCAAUCACAUUACGGCCUCUCCUUCUCCUUUUGGUGAGAUUAAACCCAGCUUCAUCCAUGUAGAUGUAUUGAUGGGGUCUUUCCAUUGCAUCCAGUUGAAAAACCCUCUGUAGAAAUAGAUAUAGUUUUGUAAGUGAUACGGAAAAAGUGAUUUAGGCCACUACAGUAAAUCACUACUUAGAGUAAUCAACAUUGAAUGUGUCUGGAUAUAUGCCAACCUGUACACACUGGAAUCUUUGCUCUUUGACUCUGUCUGAGUUGCGAUCAAAGGGCACUCUGUAUAGCUGUUUCAUGCGCAGUCUGUUGCGCUUGAGGACACGAUCAACAGUAGAGAGGCUGACACUGUUGUCAGUAAAAUGUAAAUGGUCCUCAAUGAUCUUCUGCUGAUUUUCGCUCAGUUUAAUGGCAUUGUUCUCACGGACCAUAUCAACAAUUAGGGUCUCUUGGUGUGGGGAGAACAUACCUGUCCUCCCACCCCCAUGUGGCAGUCUUUCAAUUCUACAAAAAGAGAACAUGGAGUUACAAAAAAUAUACAUGGAAUACUAGGCCUACAAACAGUUAGACCAACCCUCCAUUACAAUACUACAGUACAUUGGUACAGUGAUGUACUGAAACAUAUAUUUACUUACAGUAUACUGUGGUACAGUAUAUAGUAUGUCAUUCAGUAAUUGCUGUCAACAUUUACAUACUGUACUAUAAUGUCAAAAAAAGGUUACCUGUUCUCUUCUCUAAAUCUUCGGAUUAUGGUGGACACAGUGAAUCUACUGAUGUUUGGUUGUACCCUUUGUCCAGCCUCCCUCAUGCUCAUACCAUGGACAAGAACAUGGUCAAUCACAGUAGCUCUGAUUUCAUCAGAUAUUACUGUUCUUUGUCUUCGCUGACCACCUCGACCACCUCGACCUCCUCUCACACGAACUCUUCCUCUCAGAUUUCUAUCUAUUGUAGGGCCUCACAAACCAGUGCUCUCUGAACUGGCUUACUGUAUAUGUUCCCUCACAUCAUUAGCCACAAGUGUGAUCAAUUUUGAGUUGUUGUGUUCAAGUGGUGACACCUGUGCUCUAAUUGUGUUUGACUUUUGUCACCUGUGCUCACCCUUAUGCAGCACGGGUGCAUCACAAUGAAAAUGUGUUGGCAAGUUAUGUCUAAACAGGUGAAAAGUGCUUAUGGUUUUGCCAAAAGAGUGAUUGAUUCAAUCAGUGGGUUCAGGCAACUGAGCAUUUGGUUCAGACAAUAGGGUUUAGUGUUUUAGCAAUUGAGAAAAACUGUAAAGGCCCGCACAGACUGUACGAUUUAUUCCGUUUUAUGCCACGAUUUGGACACACCUACUCAUUCAAGCGUUUUUCUUAAUUUUUUACGAUUUUCUACAUUGUAGAAUAAUAGUGAAGACAUCAAAACUAUGAAAUAACACAUAUGGAAUCAUGUAGAAACCAAAAAAGUGUUGAACAAAUCAAAAUAUAUUUUAUAUUUGAGAUUCUUCAAAGUAGCCACCCUUUGCCUUGAUGACAGCUUUGCACACUCUUUGCAUUUUCUAAACCAACUUCAUGAAGAAUGCUUUUCCAACAGUCUUGAAGGAGUUCCCACAUAUGCUGAGCACUUGUUGGCUGCUUUUCCUUCACUCUGCGGUCCAACUCAUCCCAAAUCAUCUCAAUUGGGUUGAGGUCGGGUGAUUGUGGAUGCAAGGUCAUCUGAUGCAACACUCCACUCCACUCUCCUUCUUGGUCAAAUAGCCCUUACACAGCCUGCAGGUGUGUUUUGAGUCAUUGUCCUAUUGAAAAACAAAUGAUAGUCCCACAAGCCCAAAUCAGAUGGGAUGGCGAAUCGCUGCAGAAUGCUGUGGUAGCCAUGCUGGUUAAGUGUGCCUUAAAUUCUAAAUAAAUCACAGACAUUGUCACCAGCAAAACACCCCCACUCCAUCACACCUCCUCCUCCAUGCUUCACGGUGGGAACCACACAUGUGGAGAUCAUCCGUUCACCUACUCUGCGUCUCACAACAACACGGUGGUUGGAACCAAAAAUCUCAAAUUUGGACUCAUCAGACCAAAAGACACAUUUCCAUCGGUCUAAUGUCCAUUGCUCGUGUUUCUUGGCCCAAGCAAGUCUCUUCUUCUUAUUGGUGUCCUUUAGUAGUGGUUUCUUUGCAGCAAAUCGACCAUGAAGGCCUGAUUCACGCAAUCUCUUCUGAACAGUUGAUGUUGAGAUGUGUCUGUUACUUGAACUCUGUGAAGCAUUUAUUUGGGCUGCAAUCUGAGGUGCAGUUAACUGUAAUGAAUUUAUCCUCUGCAGCAGAGGUAACUCUGGGUCUUCCUUUCCUGUGGCGGUCCUCAUGACAGCCUGAUUCAUCAUUGCGCUUGAUGGUUUUUGGGACUGCACUUGAAGAAACUUUAAAAGUUCUAGAAAUUUUCCGUAUUGACCUUCAUUUCUUGAAGUAAUGAUGGACUGUCGUUUUUCUUUGCUUAUUUCAAAUAUAAAUAAAAUAAAAUGUAUUGGUCACAUACACAUGGUUAGCAGAUGUUAUUGCGAGUGUAGCAAAAUGUUUGUGUUUCUAGUUCCGACAGCGCAGCAAUAUCUAGCAAGUAAUAUCUAACAGUUCCACAACAAAUACCUAAUACACACAAAUCUAAGUAAAGGAAUGGAAUAAGAUUAUAUAAAUAUAUGGAUUGGACCAAGAAGGAGAGUGAUGGAGUGCUGUAUCAGAUGACCUGGCCUCCACAAUCCCCCGACCUCAACCCAAUUGAGAUGGUUUUGGGAUGAGUCGGACAGCAGAGUGAAGGAAAAGCAGCCAACAAGUGCUCAGCAUAUGUGGGAACUCCUUCAAGACUGUUGGAAAAGCAUUCCUCAUGAAGCUGGUUGAGAUAAUGCCAAGAAUGUGCAAAGCUGUCAUCAAGGCAAAGGGUGGCUAUUUGAAUAAGUUUAACACUUUUUUGCUUACUAUAUGAUUCCAUAUAUGUUAUAUGUCAUAGUUUUGGUGUCUUCACUAUUAUUCUACAAUGUAGAAAAUAGUAAAAAUAAAGAAAAACCCUGGAAUGAGUAGGUGUGUCCAAACCUUUGACUGGUACUGUAUAUGUUGUUGACAAAAUCUUAGGUCGUAAACGAUUGUCAGACAUCUUGGCUCGUUCAGUGGGACGGUCUAGGUCUGCCGAUUUAAAUACCACUACGUGCGGUCGUAGGCUUCGAAAACGUUCUGACAGUGUCAGAAAUGUUGAGCUUUUAUCAUGUAGUGUGGCUGGUGUUACGAGCCGAUCCCGUUGACUGACCAAUAGGAACACAACUGGCACUGAGUAUACACACAAUAAUACGAUAAUUGUGACUAGUCAGAUUAAUAUAAUAGUUUGAUUUAAACGAUUACAUGCUUUGCAGGAAGAACGAUUUCCAUAAUAAUCUUGUUUACAUGACAAAUCUGAAAUCAGGCUACCUCAAAAUAAACGUUCUACCACAUCGACCAUGUUAUUUUUGGGAAGCCUAUUUGAUUCUGAGUUUUUUCUGAACUCACUUCACUCUUGCAUAAGCAUAGAGGGAGGCUUGUGCUUCUGUUGGUGGCAUAUGUGCAGACCAAAUACACCGCUGCAGUUGACCUAGCCUAUGUUGGCUGACGUAGCCUCACAAGACAAUCACAGAAUGUGACUACAAAACUGAAGCAAAUCACACAAUCUGGCAAGGUUGAUAUUAAGAUUUUAAUUUGGUAACAUCACACAAUGUGACAUGUAUUAAUCGUAAAAUAAUGAAUCCGACGUACAGUGUGGGAAGGGCUUUAGUCACUGUGGUUAAUGGUUUGUCCUGCUGUUCCUACAGCCCAGUAUGCCUCACUGAGGUUGAUCCCAUCAUUAUUCACACUUUAUUCACUCUCUUCUCAUCUUAUUGUGUAUUACACAAUAUUACAACAGUUUUUUGCAGGAAAAUACAAUCCACAGCCUGAGGGUCAGUCUAGUUCACAUUCAUGCCUCCAGUGUUCUUCAAUUCAAGCUCAUUCUGUCUUAUCAGCAGUAAGUAUUUAGCCUUCCACUUAUCCACAGAUCCUCUGGUCCUCUUGACUCACAGGCCUCUUGUGAAACCAGUUGUCUUCAUCUCAUAUGUGGUAAUAACCCCCUGUACGUUACUACGUUCCAUUGAUGGGGCUAAGGCAGGUUGAGGAAUAGGAAGUGGACAGGGUCUCUGACAGUGACCUGUGGGGACUUCAUUGUUCCCAGUGUUGUCUACAUUGUUACCAAUUCCCGCAAUUCAACUCACAUUGUAUUUAUUUACAGCGUUAGGCAUUUCCUAAUAAACUCUUGGGUUGGGAGGGAUGAUGAACGUAACUGUUUUGCCCCACGCUAGGUGUUUCCUUCAUUUACAGCUGGCUUUGUUUCAGGAGCUAGCAGCGGUGUCAGCACUAGCAACAGGUCUAACAGCUGUUUUAAUGAAUGGCUCAGGGAGAGCCACAGGAGAGUGGAGACUAUGAUAUGUAUCAGAAUACUUUAGAGGAGAUUACUGUACGUUUGCCUUACUGUGUUGUUGGGAUAGAGAUGAUUUCAGUCACAAUACAUAGGAUAGGACACACAAAUGAAUCAAAAGGACAUGAGCUGAUAUCCACAGUGUUUUAUUGCCAUAUCAUUGCUUUAUGUGUUACACAAACCAGACUGUUUUCCUGUUAGUGUGAACUUUGGCUUUUUACAUAGCAAACACCUAGAUGGCAACUUGCCAUUCAUAACACUCCCACACUGUCGUCUGUCACAGUCACAAGUCAAAUCCUCUAGAGCUGUCAUCGAGAUGAGAAGAUCUUCGCCGAUGGUGGGAUUUAUACAGCUGUGGUUAUCUUUACCAUCAUCUUUUACAGGCGUGAUAAAGAUAAACUAUAACAAUGCUCUCUAUAUCUCUCCCCUGGUUAAUGAACUGGACACAGUGCUUUAUGUCUCAUAUUUGCACUCUCUAUUGCCUCAUAUAGAUAGAUAAUAUGCUGUAGAUAGGAUAUACUUAUAGCCAGAUACAGAUACAGGAUUUGUGUAUUAUAUUGGCUUGUUGCAUACAAUAUACAUCAUAUUAAUGUAGACUCACAUAUUCAAGGUGUUUUACAUAGACUACUUUAGAUACACGUGUUUAGUUUAUUAUCCUGAAAGAUGCUUGCCUGAUGACUCAAACUGAAUUAUUCCGCUACUGUCACUACAUAAUUCAGUCUGAGACUGCAAUCAUUGAAGUCGUUUAUGGUGAGGUCAAAAGGAGGGGUGUUGUACAAAAUAAAGUCAUCAGCGACUGGAUCAUCUCUAACCAAUCAGAGUAUCAAAGGCAAUGACACAUUUUAAAAACGUUGCUUUACCCACGUGUUCUGGCUCUGGCUCAACCCAUCGGUUUCUGGGACCAAUCAGACGGUCUAAAACGUAUUUUCAUUCUAGAAAUUGUCGAGGUGGUACUCAGAUCAAGACUCAUACUCAGAUCGAGACUCAUUGCGUAGAAAAAACAAACGUCCGUGUUCGUGGUGUAGCAUUUGGCCAGAGCAAGGGUAGCAAAGCAAGUAAGGUGCCAUGGGUUACUGGAAAUUAGCAUCUGGAAAAUGACUGUCCAAAAUGGCCGCCCUGAAGUCUUAUUAGACAUCGAUUGCAAUUACUGUGUCCAGUGAAAGGGCCAGAUAGCAUCAAUUGGGUGCAUUUGUGCUGGCCUUAACUGCUUGCCAGCAUUGUGUUUUCACACUGGGCCAUAACAACAUUCCCUAUGCAUGUUUGGUAAAAGAGCAGAAAACAAGACAACUACAAUACAGCAUUCAUGUUGUUGACCUGUUGUGGGUACUUGGAAAUAUUCAAACAUUUUGUCUGAGUUCUUUCCAUUAGACCUGAAAGGACCAGGGUCUUUUGAGUUAGAAGCGCAAUAUGAAUGUCAUAGUGAUGAUAUCGCCCUCAUGGAAAUAGAAACGGUGUGGUUAGUAACAUUAUAAACAGCUUGCCAAAUCUUCACAUAGAUGCCAUCUACAGGUAACUGCCAAAAUAAACGAAACACUUUCAAUAUAUUUUAAGCAGGUUCUUCCACACAGGUGUGGUUCCUGAGUUAAUAAAGCAAUUAAAACAUUCCAUCAUGCUUAGGGUCAUGUAUAAAAAGGCCCAGUUGACCAUUAUUUUGGCUACAAUGGCUAGAAGAAGAGUUCUCAGUGACUUUGAAAGAGGGGUCUCAAAGGGUUAUAGGGGGUUUAAAGUGUGUGUGUGUGUGUGUGUGUGUGUGUUCAAAUCAAAUGUUAUAUGUCACAUGAUUCAUAAACAACAGGCAUAGACUAACAGUGAAAUGCUUAUUUACGGGCCCUUCCCAACAAUGCAGAAUAAGAAAUAUAUUUUAAAAAUAAUAACUCGAAGAAUAAAUACAAAAUGAAUAACGAUAACUUGGCUAUAUACACAAGGUACCAAUACCGAGUCGAUGUGCAGGAGUAAGAAGUAAUUGAAGGAGAGACAAUGCAUUCGGAAAAGGAUUCAGACCCCUUGACUUUUUCCACGUUUUGAUACGUUACAGUCUUAUUCAAAAAUUGACUAAACUACACACAAUACCCCAUAAUGACAAAGUGAAAACAGGGUUUAUUUUUUUGUGCAAAUGUAUUACAAAUAAAAAACAGAAAAACCUUAUUUACAUAAGUAUUCAGACACUUUGCUAUGAGACUCAAAAUUGAGCUCAGGUGUAUCCUGUUUCCAUUGAUCAUCCUUGAUAUGUUUCUACAACUUGAUUGGAGUCCACAGGUGGUAAAUUCAAUUGAUUGGACAUAAUUUGGAAAGGCACACACCUGUCUAUACAGUGGGGGAAAAAAGUAUUUAAUCAGCCACCAAUUGUGCAAGUUCUCCCACUUAAAAAGAUGAGAGAGGCCUGUAAUUUCCAUCAUAGGUACACGUCAACUAUGACAGACAAAAUGAGAAUUUCUUUCUCCAGAAAAUCUCAUUGUAGGAUUUUUUUAUGAAUUUAUUUGCAAAUUAUGGUGGAAAAUAAGUAUUUGGUCACCUACAAACAAGCAAGAUUUCUGGCUCUCACAGACCUGUAACUUCUUCUUUAAGAGGCUCCUCUGUCCUCCACACUUACCUGUAUUAAUGGCACCUGUUUGAACUUGUUAUCAGUAUAAAAAACACCUGUCCACAACCUCAAACAGUCACACUCCAAACUCCACUAUGGCCAAGACCAAAGAGCUGUCAAAGGACACCAGAAACAAAAUUGUAGACCUGCACCAGGCUGGGAAGACUGAAUCUGCAAUAUGUAAGCAGCUUGGUUUGAAGAAAUCAACUGUGGGAGCAAUUAUUAGGAAAUGGAAGACAUACAAGACCACUGAUAAUCUCCCUCGAUCUGGGGCUCCACGCAAGAUCUCACCCCGUGGGGUCAAAAUGAUCACAAGAACGGUGAGCAAAAAUCCCAGAACCACACGGGGGGACCUAGUGAAUGACCUGCAGAGAGCUGGGACCAAAGUAACAAAGCCUACCAUCAGUAACACACUACGCCGCCAGGGACUCAAAUCCUGCAGUGCCAGACGUGUCCCCCUGCUUAAGCCAGUACAUGUCCAGGCCCGUCUGAAGUUUGCUAGAGUGCAUUUGGAUGAUCCAGAAGAGGAUUGGGAGAAUGUCAUAUGGUCAGAUGAAACCAAAAUAGAACUUUUUGGUAAAAACUCAACUCGUCGUGUUUGGAGGACAAAGAAUGCUGAGUUGCAUCCAAAGAACACCAUACCUACUGUGAAGCAUGGGGGUGGAAACAUCAUGCUUUGGGGCUGUUUUUCUGCAAAGGGACCAGGACGACUGAUCCGUGUAAAGGAAAGAAUGAAUGGGGCCAUGUAUCGUGAGAUUUUGAGUGAAAACCUCCUUCCAUCAGCAAGGGCAUUGAAGAUGAAACGUGGCUGGGUCUUUCUCCUUCGUUGCCCGGGCAACGAAGGAGUGGCUUCGUAAGAAGCAUUUCAACGUCCUGGAGUGGCCUAGCCAGUCUGCAGAUCUCAACCCCAUAGAAAAUCUUUGGAGGGAGUUGAAAGUCCGUGUUGCCCAGCGACAGCCCCAAAACAUCACUGCUCUAGAGGAGAUCUGCAUGGAGGAAUGGGCCAAAAUACCAGCAACAGUGUGUGAAAACCUUGUGAAGACUUACAGAAAACGUUUGACCUGUGUCAUUGCCAACAAAGGGUAUAUAACAAAGUAUUGAGAAACUUUUGUUAUUGACCAAAUACUUAUUUUCCACCAUAAUUUGCAAAUAAAUUCAUUAAAAAUCCUACAAUGUGAUUUUCUGGAUUUUUUUUCCUCAUUUUGUCUGUCAUAGUUGACGUGUACCUAUGAUGAAAAUUACAGGCCUCUCUCAUCUUUUUAAGUGGGAGAACUUGCACAAUUGGUGGCUGACUAAAUACUUUUUUCCCCCACUGUAUAAGGUCCCACAGUUGACAUUGUAUAUCAGAGCAAAAACCAAGCCAUGAGGUCAAAGGAAUUGUCCAUAGAGCUCCAAGACAGGAUUGUGUCAAGGCACAGUUGUGGGGAAGGGUACCAAAAAAUGUCUGCAGCAUUGAAGGUCCCCAAGAACACAGUGCCCUCCAUCAUUCUUAAAUGGAAGAAUUUUGGAACCACCAAGACUCGUCCUAGAGCUGGCCGCCCGGCCAAACUGAGCAAUCGGGGGUGAAGGGCCUUAGUCAGGGAGGUGACCAAGAACCCGAUGGACACUCUGACAGAGCUCCAGAGUUCCUCUGUGGAGAUGGCAGAACCUUCCAGAAGGACAACCAUCUCUGCAGCACUCCACCAAUCAGGCCUUUAUGUUAGAGUGGCCAGACGGAAGCCACUCCUCAAUAAAAGGAACAUGACAGCCAUCUUGGAGUUUGCCAAAAGGCACCUAAAGGACUCUCAGACCAUGAGAAACAAGAUUCUCUAGUCUGAUGAAACCAAGAUUUAACUCUUUGGCCUGAAUGCUAAGCUUCACAUCUGGAGGAAACCUGGCACCAUCCCUGCGGUGAAGCAUGGUAGUGGCAGCAUCAUGCUGUGGGGAUGCUUUUCAGCGGCAGGGACUGGGAGACUAGUCAGGAUCGAGGGAAAGAUGAACGGCGCAAAGUACGGAGAGAUCCUUGAUGAAAACCUGCUCCAGAACACUCAGAACCUCAGAUUGGGGUGAAGGUUAAUCUUCCAAAAGGACAACGACCCUAAGCACACAGCCAAGACAACACAGGAGUGGCUUCGGGACAAGCCUCUGAAUGUCCUUGAGUGGCCCAGCCAGAGCCUGGACUUGAACCCGAUCUAACAUCUCUGGAGAGACCUGAAAAAAGCUGUGCAGCGACACUCCCCAUCCAACCUGACAGAACUUGAAAGGAUCUGCAGAGAAGAAUGGGUGAAUCUCUCCAAAUAGUGGUCUUAUUGGUAGGGUACUUGUUGGUUCCAGACUUUGUGCAUCGGUAACGCUUUCCGUGGCUAGAGUCUGACCAUUUUUAGGGCCUUCCUCUACCACUGCCUAGUAUAGAGAUCCUUGAUGGCAGGGAGCUCGGCCCCAGUGAUGUACUGGGCCAUACACACUACCCUCUGUAGCGCCUUGCAGUCAGGUGCCAAGCAGUUGCCGUACCAAGCGGUGGUGCAGCCAGUCAAUAUGCUCUCAGUGAUGCAGCUGUAGAACGUUUUGAGGAUCUGAGGGCCCAUGCCAAAUCUGUUCAGCCUCCUGAGGGGGAAAGAGCAUUGUCGUGCCUUCUCCACGACUGUGUUGGUGUGUGUGGACCAUGUUAAUUCCUUAGUGAGGUGGACACUGAGGAACUUGAAGCUCUCGACCCGCUCCACUACAGCCUUGUAAAUUUGGAUGGGGGCGUGUUCGGCCCUCCGUUUCCUGUAGUCCACGAACAGUUCCUUUCCUUUGUCUUGCUGACGUUGAGGGCCUGUAUAUGUGCUUUCUUGAGCAGGGGGACCUUGCGGGCACUGCAGGAUUUCAGUCCUUCACGGCGUAGUGUGUUACCAAUUGUUUUCUUGGUGACUAUGGUCCCAGCUGCCUUGAGAUCAUUGACAAGAUCCUCCCAUGUAGUUCUGGGCUGAUUCCUCACCGUUCUCAUGAUCAUUGCAACUCCAUGAGGUGAGAUCUUGCAUGGAGCCCCAGGCCGAGGGAGAUUGACAGUUCUUUUGUGUUUCUUCCAUUUGCGAAUAAUCACACCAACUGUUGUCACCUUCUCACCAAGCUGCUUGGCGAUGGUCUUGUAGCCCAUUCCAGCCUUGUGUAGGUCUACAAUCUUGUCCGUGACAUCCUUGGAGAGCUCUUUGGUCUUGGCCAUGGUGGAGAAUUUGGAUUCUGAUUGAUUGAUUGCUUCUGUGGACAGGUGUCUUUUAUAAAAGUAACAAGCUGAGAUUAGGAGCACUCCCUUUAAGAGUGUGCUCCUAAUCUCAGCUCGUUACCUGUAUAAAAGACACCUGGGAGCCAGAAAUCUUUCUGAUUGAGAGGGGGUCAAAUACUUAUUUCCCUCAUUCAAAUGCUAAUCAAUUUAUAACAUUUUUGACAUGCGUUUUUCUGUAUUUUUUUUGUUGUUAUUCUGUCUCUCACUUUUUAAAUAAACCUACCAUUAAAAUUAUAGACUGAUCAUUUCUUUGUCAGUGGGCAAACGUACAAAAUCAGCAGGGGAUCAAAUACUUUUUUCCCUCACUGUAUAUGCUUCACAGAGUUCAAUUAAGAGACACAUCUCAACAUCAACUGUUCAGAGGAGACUGUGUGAAUCAAGCCUUCAUGGUCGAUGACCUGGACUCCACAAUCCCUCGGCCUUAACCAAAUUGAAAUGGUUUGGGAUUAGUCGGACUGCAGAGUGAAGGAAAAGCAGCCAACAAGUGCUCAGCAUAUGUGGGAACUCCUUCAAGACUGUUGGAAAAGCAUUCCAGGUGAAAAUAGUAAAAAUAAAGAAAAACCCUUGAAUGAGUUGAUGUUUUAAAACUUUUGACUGGUAGUGUAUAUAUGAGAGAUAUAAGAAAGAUCAGGAAUUUGUACUUUUUUAAAAACGUGUUUAACUCCUUAUUUUUGCCACUUAACAGUCUCCAUAUAUACUUCCAUUAAUUUUUUCAACUGGUACCGGGUGACCUUCAGACGAGUCUUGUGAGGCCCGCAUGCAUCCUAAAGCGAAACAACUUACAUGUACUAGUUUGUGAGAGUCUCUCCUUUCAACAUAUUAGUGUGUAGCCCAAACUUUUCGGAUGCUGCAGACAGAAGUUGGCAGAUCGGCUGUACCGACUUCAGACGAGUCCCAAGAUGAUUGUGUUGUAAAGCAAAAUGGAGAACUCCAGUGUGUUUGUGAGAAUCUCAUCUUUUCAUAGAGGGUUCAUAAUAGUUUGGAUGCUGCAGACGAUUUAAUGAGAAGAUCUCUAGCUUUAAAUGACAGAUUUUUAUGGGGAUUGUUUUAUAAUGCUAAUUAGAUUUCCACAGGGGCGGGCAUUGACUCUAGGGGGUUAUGGUCAGAUUUUCCAAAGGGAGGACUAGGAAGAGCCUUGUAUGCGUUUCUGUGUGUGGAGUGAAUGUGAUCUAGUUUUGUUGCCUCUAGAUGCACAGGUGACGUGCUGGUAAAAAUGAGGUAAAACGAAUUUAAGUUUCCCUGCAUUAAAAUCGCCACGAGAAGUGCCGCCUCUUGAUGUGCAUUUUCUUGUUUGCUUAUGGCCCUAUACAACUCAUUGAGUGUGGUCUUAGUUCCAGCAUCGGUUUGUGGUGAGAAAUAGACAGCUAAGAAGAAUAUAAAUGAAAACUCUGUAAAUAGUAUGGUCUGCAGCUUAUCAUGAGGUAUUCUAACUCAGGCAAGCAAAAACUUGGGUCUUCCUUAACAUUAGAGAUUGCACACCAGCUGUUGUUAACAAAGAGACACACCCCUCCCCCUCUCAAUUUUCCAGAAGUUGCAGUCUGAUCUUGACGAUGCAUGGAAAAGCCCGGGGGUUGUAUAUUGUCCAUGUCCUUGUUCAGCCACGACUCUAAGAAACAUAUUGAAGUUCUUCAGGUCAUGUUGAUAGGAUAAUCUCGAAGGGAGCUCAUCCAGUUGGUCUCGAGUUAUUGUACGUUUGCCAACAAAACAGAGGGCAAUGGCAGUCUAAAUGCUCACCGACAUAGUCUAGUCAUAACACGGCCUCUCUUUUGCCGCCGCUUCCUCUUUCGAGUCCCUGGGAUCAGGUCCUGGUCCGGGGUAAGCAUAACAUCCAUUGCUGCCGACUCGUUGAAGUUGACAUCAUCAUCCAAAUCGAGGUUGGUGAUCGCGUUCUGAUGUCCAGAAGCUGUUUUUGGUCAUAGGAAAUUAUGCCGGAAACAUUAUAUAUAAAAAAACACACAAAAUAGCAGAAUUGGUCAGGAGCCAGUAAGACGGCAGCUAUCCACUGCAGCACCAACUUUUCCUGUGUGUGUCUCAGUCACCAGAUCUCAACCCAAUUGAACACUAAUGGGAGAUUCUGGAGCGGUGCCUGAGUUAGCGAUGUCCACCACCAUCAACAAAUCACCAAAGUAUGGAAUUUCUUGUGGAAGAAUGGUGUCGAAUCCCUCCAAUAGAGUUCCAGACACUUGUAGAAUCUAUGCCAAGGCACAUUGAAGCUGUUCUGGCGGCUCUUGGUGACCCAACGCCCUAAUAAGACACUUUAUGUUGGUGUUUCCUUUAUUUUGGCAGUUACCUGUAGAUUCCAUCUAACAAUAAGUCAAAGCUGUUUGGCCCUUCACAUUUGACACUAGAGCUGUAAUAAAUCUACAUGAACAUCAAUGUAGAAUUUCCUGUCAUGCUUAUAGUGCCUUCAGAAAGUAUUCAUACCCCUUGACUUAUUCCACAUUCUUUUUAUUUUUUUAUUUUUUUGAAAUACAGAAAUAUCUCAUUUACAAACAAAUUCACACCCCUUUGCUACGACACUCCACAUUGAGCUCAUGUGAAUCCAAUUCCCUUUGCUCACCCUUGAGAUGUCACUACAACUUCAUUGGAGUCCACCUGUGGCCAAAAAAUUGUUUGGACAUGAUUUAGAAAGAAACACACCUGUCCAUAUCAGGUCCCACAGUUGACGGUGCAAGUCAGUGCAGAAACUAUACCACGAGGAACUGUCCGUAGAACUCCGAAAUAGAAUAGGGUAUAAAACUAUUUCUAGAGUGUUCAAUGUUUCCAAGAGCACAGUGGUCUCCAUCAUUGGGAAAUGGAAAAAAUAUGGAACUACCCAGACUCUGUCUAGAACUGGCCGUUCAACCAAACUGAGCAACCGGGCAAGAAGGACCUUGGUCAGGGAGGUGACCAAGAACACAAUUACCACUCUGAGAGAACUACAGAGUUCCUUGGCUGAGAUGGGAGAACCUGCCAGAAGGACAACAGUCUCUACAGCACUUCACCAAUCUGGGCUUUUUGGAGAGUGGCCAGACGGAACCCACUCCUGAGAAAAAGGCACAUGACAGCACGCCUGGAGUUUGCAAAAAAGCAUGUGAAAGACUGAGAGGCAAAAAUAUUCUGUGGUCUCGUGAGACAAAAAUUUUACUCUUUGGCCUGAAUGCAUAGCGCUAAGUCUGGAGAAAACCAGGCACAGCUCAUCACCCGUCUAACAUCCUCCCUACCGUGAAGUAUGGUGUUCGCAGCAUCAUGCUAUCGGGAUGCUUUUCAGUGGCAGGGACUGGGAGACCGCUAAGGAUAGAAGGAACAAUGAAUGGAACCAAAUACAGGCUAGUCCUUGAUGAGAACCUGCUUCAGAGUGCAAACGACCAACAGAACAAUGACUCCACGCAUACAGCCAAAGCUACGAAAUAAUGGCUUCAGAACAACAAUGUGAAAGUCCUUGAGUGGCCCAGCCAAAGCCCGGACUUGAAUCCCAUUGAAAAUCUGUGGAAAGACUUGAAGAUUACUGUUCACCAUCGCUCCCCAUCUAACUUAACAGAGCUUGCAAGGAAGAAUGGGAGAAAAUCCUCAAAUCCAGAUGUGCAAAGCUGAUACAGACAUACCCAAGAUGACUCAAAGAUGUAAUCGCUGCCAAAGGUGUUUUUACAAAGUAUUGACUAAGGGGUGUGAAUAUUUAUUUAAAUUAGAUAUUUCUGUAUUUCAUUUUCGAUAAAUUUGCUACUUUUUCUAAAAACAUGUUUUCAUUUAGUCAUUAUGGAAUAUUGUGUGUAGAUGGGUGAGAAAAACAUAUAUUUAAUUGAGGCUGUAACACAAGAAAAUGUGGAGUAAGUCAAGGGGUAUGAAUACUUUCUGAACGCACUGUAUGUACAGUCAGUUCAUGGUUCUGUUUCAUAUAGGCACAGCUUGAAUUCUCAUUGGCCACUGAUCUAUAAUAUGAAUAAGGCUGAAAUCCAUCUAGUCGGAAGCAAGAGAGGUAGAAGCAGAAGGGUGUGUACACACACGCACCACCCUCUUCCCCCUUCUGCCUGUGUGUCACUAAGCUCUGAAACCCUCUCUCACACAGAAUAUAAAAAAGUUGGCCAAAGUCUGUCUCAGCUCCAAUUGCUACCAGACACCCACAACAACCUCUCUCUCUCUUUAUCGCUCUCUCACACACACCCACCACCCCUCAUUCCUGGCACAGAGAAGACAGGACCACUGGAGAGACCAUACACACCUCCUCCUCCUCCAGUCACUCACCCAGCCAUCGUCAGACGCUAAGCCCAGGAUGUGGACUUUGCUCUUGGGGGUCACCUUUGGAUUACUGGCCUUCUCCAGGUCGGAACCGGCUCAAGGUGAGGGCGCUGCACCUCUCUCUGCCCAGCGGACGCCUCUUUGUCUGGUUUUUUUUCCCUCUGGUUUCAGCCUGGAAACACUCUCCUUUGUUGGUGGAUUUAAUGGCGAGACAGUAUUGUUGUUUUCCUUCUCAGCAGUUGAUGAGUAUGUAUAGUGUGUGAGUGUGUGUGUAUAUAUGUUUAUAAGGAGAGGGUACGAUAGGCUGAGGCAGUGCCAAAUGGAUGAGUAGAUGCUGGUAAAGCAACGUGCGCUAGGCUACACUAGCUUACGUCUGGCAGUCUGAGACUCAUGACAGCACAGACACAAAGGAGACAGUCGCUCGUGCUCUCUCUCACACACACACACACACACACUCAGACACACACUUACCGGAGAAUGUGUUACGGAAGAGAACGAGGAGCAGCUGCUCUUUUCUCAUGCUUUCAGGCAAUUAUCUUGGUAUUGUAUGGCCACUGUAGCCUUCAUAAAGCAUCUAUCUGCUCUUCAAUCAAUGUGAGGAUACGAAAGAGCUCUAUUCAUUGUCUGACCACAGCUUAGGGCAAUGCCAACGUGCUUUAAUGCUCAUUUUCUAACACAAAGGUUGAAAUUAAUCAACCUCUGCCUUGCUCUCUCUCUCUUUGUGUCUCAAAGGGGCAUCUUUUUGAGGAGGGGAAGUUGGUGCUGAAUCAAACAGGUCUGGGUUAGUCUCGCUCUCUUUGACUUGGCUGGGUGGGAGGAGGGGGAGGGGUGGAUGGGGGGGGGUCUCGCUGUGCCUCCUCUCUGGCUCUGUGCCAAAGCACAGCCAGCAUGCAGCUGUAAAUAUGAACGGUUUAAAGGCAAACAAGAGAGGAAAUAUAUGGUAGUUUGUGUGUGUGUGUGUUGUAUGUGUGUGUGUUUAAAGGUUUAGAAACAGAGGGGUGUGUGCUCACAUUUCCCCCAUGUGUUCCUACUGUACAUUUGUUUGCCCCAUGGUUUAAGCUUAGGGCAUGCAGUGUUGUAAGAAGCUGAUAGCUGUGUAUGUGUGUGUGUGUGUGUGUGUGUGUGUGUGUGUGUGUGUGUGUGUGUGUGUGUGUGUGUGUGUGUGUGUGUGUGUGUGUGUGUGUGUGUGCGUGUGUGCGUGUGCGCGUGUGCGUGUGCGUGUGUGCGCGCGCACGCGUUUACAGUAAUUGGGUGUCUGGCGAGUGCAGUCCUGGGGUGGUUACAGCUCGUCCUACCAUGGCCUUGUCUUUGAACCCUAAAUGUGCUGCAGUCUUUCCCCCUAAAGCACAUCAUUAACAGCAGGACUCAUGGACAUGUGUUUCGUACAGACAUCCAUGUAAACCAAGAUCCUAUUAGUGGAGGUUUUUUACAAUGGCUCUCGCAUGACUGUGGAUCCAGUCCACAUGUGGUUCUGUAAAUGUCCAAAGCAAUAGGGAGGUACCUUGACAUUUGACCUUCAGAAAAUAUUUUGGUUAAUGAGGCCUCCUAAUGUAUACACUUUUUCAAAAGAAUGUUCUGCUUUAGACACAAAACAACACCCAUGCAUAAUGUCCAUGUUAAACAAAUAUGAGCGAGGCAUUAAGAUGGCUGUUCACAUCGCUGGGUUGUUUGCUCAGGGUGACUUGGCUAUUGGCCAGCUUUACUCCACUCCUCAGAGCACGUUAGACGAGGCCUGAUUGAUCAGAUCCUGGCUACAGGUAUGCACAGGGCCAGAGCAGACUGUGUCCGUCCAGGCUGGACACACACACAUACACUCACAUCUGACCACCGAGGCCAGCCGGCCCCCAGUCUGUGUGCCUUUAUUUGCUCCACUAGUGUAACUACCCCUCCUGUACCUGUGGGUGUCACAUUUCAAGGUGAGUGGCGGUGAGGGGCCCCUGUGGACCAGCACUAGGGCCUCACAAAGAGAGCUUGUGCCCAUGCAAGCUGGGACUACCGUCACCUGCCAUCUGAUCUGCAUGGACACGUGUUUGUCCCCUGUCCUACCCUCCUCUAGCUUUCUCUACCAACCAACCACCCGUAGGCGUCACAGCCUGGCCACAACUAAAUUGAGCCAUUUCUUCUCUUCCUUAUUCAUUUGGCCUCAUCUCCCUCUUCAGUGCUUUUGGUGGCCCCUUCCCUCAGUCAGAAGCUGAUCUUCAUUUAAACUGAUCUUAAACAGGGGAGCACCUUGUAUUUCAGCCCUACUGUAUCUCCCAGAACGCUGUUAAACCUAUUAAUUUCACUGUAAAGCCUCUCUGUGAGUCUCAGGCUCCUCAGUAGCAAGGCUGUACACCCUCCCCUGCCUUCUCUUCUCUGCUCAUAUACACUGAAGUCUUUGUAGCCCAGGGAAAGCUGCUCCAAAGUCCUCUCUCUGUAAUGUAUACAGAUCCUUAAUGCAUGAGGCAAGCCCAGCCAAAUAUCCAACCAGACUACAUUUUGUAUCUGGGACCAAUACAGUGGCUGUAGUUAAGUGUAUUUUCUAUGAGAUUUCUGUGAGCUUUAACUGCAAGUCGGUAAUCAUGUAAUCACUCAAAUGUUUUCUCAAUUUGGAUGUAAGAGGUGGGUUUUGGAAGUCUUUGGAACAUUAAAGGGGUCAAAUGAACGGGUAACUGAGAUUUGAGAGGCAGACCCUCUUCAUGUCAAGCCUUCAAAAAAGCAAGAGAAGAAGAAAGGCAGAAUAAGGGAGAGUCAGAGAAAGGGGGGAAAAAGGGGAAGAGAAAAAUAAAGUCCUUCAGGUGACUUUGCUUGGGUGAGUUUUGUGUGAGGGGAUCUCAUGUUUCACCUGUACCACAAUUGGCUCUGUGAGGGCUAGCCACAACAUACAUGCUGACUGCACCGUCUUCUACUAAGGCGGGAGAUAGAGGAGAUGGAGCUUUUUUAUUGUAAACAUUUUUCUUUCUUUUAAAUAGUGCCUGAGCAUUAGUCUUUACCUCAGUGUUUAAACUGUACCAUCAGGAUUUUGAGUAAUCUGAUCCAUUUAAAAAGACAGGUGUGAGAAUGUUUUAAAUUGUACCUACUGUCCAUGGAAAUAUUUUAGUAUUUAUCUGGUAUUUCCUUAACAACUGUACAUAUACAGUACUGACAUAGUUGAUAUUUGAGAGAGAGCGAGAGAGAGAGAGAGAGAGAGAGAGAGAGAGAGAGAGAGAGAGAGAGAGAGAGAGAGAGAUGCAUCAGAUAAAUUCAGACAUAGGUGGGAAAGAGCUGUUUGGCUUUCAAGUCUGAUAAGACAGCCAGGAGAGCACAAACUGCAAAUUGACUAAUGUGUGUGGUGGUGGUGGCCAGUGUACAGUGUUUACUAGUGUGUGUGGUGUAAUUUGCUGUGUAUAAAGUGUGGGAAAAAAUUAUUGGAUCCCCUGCUGAUUUUGUACGUUUGCCCACUGACAAAGAAAUUAUCAGUCUAUAAUUUUAAUGGUAGGUUUAUUUGAACAGUGAGAGACAGAUUAACAACAAAAAAAUCCAGAAAAACGCAUGUCAAAAAUGUUAUAACUUGAUUUGCAUUUUAAUGAUGGAAAAAAGCAUUUGACCCCUUCUCAAUCAGAAAGAUAUCUGGCUCCCAGGUGUCUUUUAUACAGGUAACGAGCCCCAAGCUGUGCCCUGGACACCAUAUGUGAACUGAUUGCCCCCCAUCUAUCCUCAGAGUUCGUACUGCUUGGUGACCUAAACUGGGAUAUGCUUAACACCCCGGCCAACCUACAAUCUAAACUAGAUGCCCUCAAUCUCACACAAAUUAUCAACAAACCUACCAGGUACAACCCUAAAUCUGUAAACAUGGGCACGCUCAUAGAUAUCAUCCUGACAAAUUUACCCUCUAAAUACACCUCCACUGUCUUCAACCAGGAUCUCAGCGAUCACUGCCUUAUUGCCUGCGUCCGUAAUGGGUCCGCGAUCAAACGACCACCCCUCAUCACUGUCAAACGCUCCCUAAAACAAUUUAGCGAGCAGGCCUUUCUAAUUGACCUGGCCCGGGUAUCCUGGAUGGAUAUUGACCUCAUUCCGUCAGUAGAGGAUGCCUGGUUGUUCUUUAAAAGUGCUUUCCUCUCAAUCUUAAAUAAGCAUGCCCCAUUCAAAAAAUUCAGAACUAAGAACAGAUAUAGCCCCUGGUUCUCCUCAGACUUGACUGCCCCUUGACCAGCACAAAAACAUCCUGUGGCGUACUGCAUUAGCAUCGAACAGCCCCAGCGAUAUGCAACUUUUUAGGGAAGUCAGGAACCAAUAUACACAAUCAGUUAGGAAAGCAAAGGCUAGCUUUUUCAAACAGAAAUUUGCAUCCUGUAGCACCAACUCCAAAAAGUUUAGGGACACUGUAAAGCCCAUGGAAAAUAAGAGCACCUCCUCCCAACUGCCCACUGCACUGAGGCUAGGAAACACUGUCACCACCGAUAAAUCUACAAUAAUCGAGAAUUUCAACAAGCAUUUUGCUACGGCUGGCCAUGCUUUCCACCUGGCUACCACUACCCCGGCCACCAGCUCUGCACCCUCCGCUGCAACUUGCCCAUGCCCCCCCCCCCCGCUUCUCCUUCACACAAAUUCAGACAGCUGAUGUUCUGAAAGAGCUAAAAAAUCUGGACCCCUACAAAUCAGCUGGGCUAGACAAUCUGGACCCUUUCUUUCUAAAAUUAGCCACCGAAAUUGUCGCAACCCCUAUUACUAGCCUGUUCAACCUGAUUGGAAAGCUGCCGCGGUCAUCCCCCUCUUCAAAGGGGGUGACACUCUAGAUCCUAACUGUUAUAGACCUAUAUCCAUCCUGCCCUGCCUUUCGAAAGUAUUUGAAAGCCAAGUUAACAAACAGAUCACCGACCAUUUCGAAUCCCACCGUACCUUCUCCGCUAUGCAAUCCGGUUUCCGAGCUGGUCAUGGGUGCACCUCAGCCACGCUCAAGGUCCUAAACGAUAUUAUAAACGCGAUCGAUAAAAGACAGUACUGCGCAGCCGUUUUCAUCGACCUGGCCAAGGCUUUCGACUCUGUCAACCACCGCAUUCUUAUUGGCAGACUAAAUAGUCUUGGUUUCUCUAAUGACUGCCUCGCCUGGUUCACCAACUACUUCUCAGAUAGAGUUCAAUGUGUCAAAUCUGAGGGCCUGUUGUCUGGACCUCUGGCCAUCUCUAUGGGCGUGCCACAGGGUUCAAUUCUCGGGCCGACUCUAUUCUCUGUGUAUAUCAAUGAUGUCGCUCUUGCUGCUGGUGACGCUCGGAUCCACCUCUAUGCGGCGACACCAUUUUGUAUACAUUUGGCCCUUCAUUGGACACUGUGUUAACAAACCUCCAAACGAGCUUCAAUGCCAUACAACACUCCUUCCACAGCCUCCAACUGCUCUUAAACACUAGUAAAACUAAAUGCAUGCUCUUCAACCGAACUCUGCUUGCACCCGCCCACCCGACUAGAAUCACUACUCUCGGCGGGUCUGACCUAGAGUAUGUGGACAACUACAAAUACCUAGGUGUCUGGUUAGACUGUAAUCUCUCCUUCCAGACUCACAUUAAGUAUCUCCAAUCAAAAGUUAGAUCUAGAAUCGGCUUCCUAUUUCGCAACAAAGCCUCCUCCACUCAUGCUGCCAAACAUGCCCUCGUAAAACUGACUAUCCUACUGAUCCUUGACUUCGGCGAUGUCAUUUACAAAAUAGCCUCCAACACCCUACUCAGCAAAUGGGAUGUAGUCUAUCACAGUGCCAUCCGUUUUGUCACCAAAGCCCCAUAUACUACCCACCAUUGUGACCUGUACGCUCUUGUUGGCUGGCCCUCACUACAUAUUAGUCGCCAAACCCACUGGCUCCAGGUCAUCUAUAAAUCACUGCUAGGCAUAUCCCUGUCUUAUCUUAGCUCACUGGUCACCAUAGCAAAACGCACCCGUAGUCUGCGCUCCAGCAGGUAUAUCUCACUGGUCAUCCCCAAAGCCAACACCUCCUUUGGCCGCCAUUCCUUCCAGUUCUCUGCUGCCAAUGACUGGAACGAACUGCAAAAAUCUCUGAAGCUGGAGACUCUUAUCUCCCUCACUAUCUUUAAGCGUCAGUUGUCAGAGCAGCUUACCGAUCACUGCACCUGUACACAGCCUUUCUGAAAUUAGCCCACCCAACUACCUCAUCCCCAUAUUGUUAUUUAUUUUGCUAAUUUGCACCCCAGUAUCUCUAUUUGCACAUCAUCUUUUGCACAUCUAUCAUUCCAGUAUUAUACGAAAUUGUAACUAUUUUGCACUAUGGCCUAUUUAUUGCCUUACCUCCAUAACUUACUACAUUCGCACACACUGUAUAUAUAUUUUCUGUUGUAUUUUUGACUUUAUGUUUUGUUUACCCCAUAUGUAACUCGGUGUUGUUGUUUUUAUCGCACUGCUUUGCUUUAUCUUGGCCAAGAUGCAAUGAUCAUGAGAACAGUGAGGAAUCAGCCCAGAACUACACAGGAGUAUCUUGUCAAUGAUCUCAAGGCAGCUGGGACCAUAGUCACUAAGAAAACAAUUGGUAACACACUACGCUGUGAAGGACUGAAAUCCUGCAGCGCCCGCAAGAUCCCCCUGCUCAAGAAAGCACAUAUACAGGCCCGUCUGAAGUUUGCCAAUGAACAUCUGAAUGAUUCAGAGGAGAACUGGGUGAAAGUGUUGUGGUCAGAUAAGACCAAAAUGGAGCUCUUUGGCAUCAACUCAACUCGCCGUGUUUGGAGGAGGAGGAAUGCUGCCUAUGACCCCAAGAACACCAUCCCCACCAUCAAACAUGGAGGUGGAAACAUUAUGCUUUGGGGGUGUUUUUCUGCUAAGGGGACAGGACAACUUCACCGCAUCAAAGGGACGAUGGACGGGGCCAUGUACCGUCAAAUCUUGGGUGAGAACCUCCUUCCCUCAGCCAGGGCAUUGAAAAUGGUUCGUGGAUGGGUAUUCCAGCAUGACAAUGACCCAAAACACACGGCCAAGGCAACAAAGGAGUGGUUCAAGAAGAAGCACAUUAAGGUCCUGGAGUGGCGUAGCCAGUCUCCAGACCUUAAUCCCAUAGAAAAUCUGUGGAGGGAGCUGAAGGUUUGAGUUGCCAAACGUCAGCCUCGAAACCUUAAUGACUUGGAGAAGAUCUGCAAAGAGGAGUGGGACAAAAUCCCUCCUGAGAUGUGUGCAAACCUGGUGGCCAACUACAAGAAAGGUCUGACCUCUGUGAUUGCCAACAAGGGUUUUGCCACCAAGUACUAAGUCAUGUUUUGCAGAGGGGUCAAAUACUUAUUUCCCUCAUAAAAAUUCAAAUCAAUUUAUAACAUUUUUGACAUGCGUUUUUCUGGAUUUUUUUGUUGUUAUUCUGUCUCUCACUGUUCAAAUAAACCUACCAUUACAAUUAUAGUCUGAUUAAAGAGCAGCAGUAAAAUAAAAUAACAGUAGGCAGGUUGUGGUCCUCUGUACCUCAAUUGGUAGAGCAUGGCGCUUGUAACGCCAGGGUAGUGGGUUCGAUCCCCGGGACCACCCAUACGUAAAAAUGUGUGCACUCAUGACUGUAAGUCGCUUUGGAUAAAAGCGUCUGCUAAAUGGCAUAUUAUUAUUGUUAUUAGUAUGUCUUUGUCAGUGGGCAAACGUACAAAAUCAGCAGGGGAUCUAAUACUUAAUUCCCUCACUGUAGCUACAGGAGAGAGAGGAGCCUAUCUCUUCCAAUCAGAGCAGCUGGAGGUUCUGGCAUGCGCUGUGUAAAACCUCCCUUUUCUCCCAACUAGCAGCCUCUGUAUAUCCAGACCCUCCCUGGACUCUGGCCCUUUCAACUCCAUUAACUGACAAUGGCAGCUUUUCUAGUGUCACUGCCUGGAAUAGCAGGAUCUUGGAGUGACAAAGCAGCUCAUGGCCACUCUCCCUGCAUGCUAAUGGUAACACCUCUGAAUCAUGGGUUCCCUCUCUUUUCAGCUGUCCAAACGCUGUGUUCACUUUGAUCCACUCUGGGCAGGUCUGUGAGGCCAGGGGUUGUUUUUCUCUAGUUUAGGGACAUUGUGGUGUGUGUGUGUAUGUUUGUGUGUGUGGGGAGGGGUUUGUGGUUGUGUGUGUGUGUGUGUGCGUGGUGUGUGUGCAUGUGUCUAAAGUAACUUCCUGUUCAACUUCCUGCCUCUGCUAGGAAUCUAGUGUACACCAAAGGGCUGGGCCAGGCAGUUAAACUGGUGACCUAAAUGUUGGUUUAUUUUCUAAAUGUGAUAUGUCAUCAGUUAACGUACCGGGUUGAUGUGGGAACUGCUUUGAGUGCGUUCACUCUCCACAACUCUGUGCUGUGGGUGGCAAAGCAAACUGCAGUCAGACAGUUAGAAGGUCUAAGCUAACUAUUAUACGCCCAGCCUUCCACCCCGACCAACCACCCUACUUUAGUUUUUGCCUUAAGGAACCAUCUGUCUCAUGUAACCAUACUAAACGUAUCAAAGACUCCAGCCAACCUAGUCAUAGACUGUUCUCUCUGCUACCGCACGGCAUGUGGUACCGGAGCGCCAAGUCUAGGUCCAAAAGGCUUCUUAACAGCUUCUACCCCCAAGCCAUAAGACUCCUGAACAGCUAAUCAUGGCUACCUGGACUAUUUGCAUUGCCCCCCCACCCCAACCCCCUCUUUUACGCUGCUGCUACUCUGUUUAUUAUUUAUGCAUAGUGACUUUAACUCUACCCACAUGUACAUAUUACCUCAAUUACCUCGACUAACCGGUGCCCCCGCACAUUGACUCUGUACCAGUACCCCCUGUAUAUAACAAUAAUAAUAAUAUAUGCCAUUUAGCAGACACUUUUAUCCAAAGCGACUUACAGUCAUGUGUGCAUACAUUUUUACGUAUGGGUGGUCCUGGGGAUUGAACCCACUACCCUGGCAUUACAAGUGCCAUGCUCUACCAAUUGAGCUACAGAGGACCACAACCUCCCUACUGUUAUUUUAUUUUACUGCUGCUCUUUAAUUAUUUGUUAUUUGAAUUUUUUUCUUAAACUGCAUUGUUGGUUAAGGGCUUAUAAGUAAGCAAUUCACUGUAAUGUCUACACCUGUUGUAUUCGGCGCAUGUGGCAAUGUAAACGUUGGUCCCAUGUUUGAUGAGCUGAAAUAAAAUAACCCAGAAAUUUUCCAUAUGUACAUAAACCUUAUUUCUCUCAAAUGUUGUGCUCAAAUUUGUUUACAUCCCUGUUAGUGAGCAUUUCUCCUUUGUCAAGAUAAUCCACUUGACAGGUGAGGCAUAUCAAGAAGCUGAUUAAACAGCAUGAUCAUUACACAGGUGGACCUUGUGCUGGGGACAAUAAAAGGCCACUCUAAAAUGUGCAGUUUUGUCACACAACACAAUGCCACAGAUGUCUCAAGUUUUGAGGGAGCGUGCAAUUGGCAUCCUGACUGCAGGAAUAUCCACAAGAGCUGUUGCCAGAGAAUUGAAUGCUCAUUUCUCUACCAUAAGAGUUAUUUUUCUUUAAGCAAUGUCAUUUUGGAUAAUUUUACAGUAUGUCCAACCGGCCUCACAACCGCAGACCACAUGUAACCACGCAAGACCAGGACCUCCAUAUCCGGCUUCUUCACCUGCGGGAUCAUCUGAGACCAGCCACCUGGACAGCUGAUUAAACUGUGGGUUUCACAACCAAAAAUUCUCUGCACAAACUGUCUGAAACCGUCUCAGGAAUGCUCAUCUGCAUGCUCGUAGUCCUCACCAGGGCCUUGACCUGACUGCAGUUCGACGACGUAACUGACUUCAGUGGGCAAAUGAUCACCUUCGAUGGCGACUGGCACUCUGGAGAAGUGUGCUCUUCACAGAUUAAUCCCAGUUUCAACUAUACCAGGCAGAUGGCAGACAGCAUGUAUGGCAUUGUGUGUGCAAGCGGUUUGCUGAUGUCAACGUUGUGAACAGUGUGCCCCAUGGUGGCGGUGGGGUUAUGGUAUGGGCAGGCAUAAGCUACAGACAGCGAACCAAUUGCAUUUUAUCAAAGGCAAUUUGAAUGCACAGAGAUAGCGUGACGAGAUCCUGAGGCCCAUUGUCGUGCCAUUCAUCUGCCGCCAUCACCUCAUGUUUCAGCAUGAGAAUACACAGCACCAUGUCGCAAGGAUCUAUACACAAUUCCUGGAUGCUGAAAACAUCCCAGUUCUUCCAUGUCCUGCAUACUCCCCAGACAUGUCACCCAUUGAGCAUGUUUGGGAUGCUCUGGAUCGACGUGUAUGACAGCUGGUUCCAGUUCCCGCCAAUAUCCAGAAACUUCGCACAUCCAUUGAAAAGGAGUGGGACAACAUUCCACAAGCCACAAUCAACAGCCUGAUCAACUCUAUGCCAAGGAGAUGUGUCGCGCUGCAUGAGGCAAAUGGUGGUCACAUGAGAUACUGACUGGUUUUCUGAUCCACGCCCCUUCUUUUUUUUAAGGUAUCUGUGACCAACAGAUGCAUAUCUGUAUUCCCAGUCAUGUGAAAUCCAUAUAUUAGGGCCUAAUUAUUUAUUUCAACUAACUGAUUUCCUUAUUUGAACUACAACUCUGUAAAAAUAGUGAAAAGUUAGCAUUUUGCGUUUAUAUUUUUGUUCAGUGUAAUUUGAGGGUGCCGGAUUUACGUUUACUAUGUUGUGCCUAGUCUAUGAGACCAGGCUGAACUGUGGUGAAUCAUUACAUCAAAACAUAGAGAGCUGUAAAAUAGUGCAGACAGCUAGGUUUCCAUCCAAUUGGUGAUAGAUUUUCAUGCAAAUAUCUUUGUUCAUCCACAUAAAAACUAGAUGCACAUUUUCCCAACAGAGUUGUGUUUCUAUAAAAAUAACUUUUAAAUUUCCAUGUACCGAAUAAAACAUACAAGUAAAAUUGGUUUCCAUUGCAUUUUUAACUGUUCUGAUCAUUUUGUCACAAAUAUUUUGCAUUAUAUAGCGAAUUUGCCCACUCUAUUCUUGGCACGUGCGCUCUAUCCAACAGCUUGCAGAUACAGUUUGGGUAGGCUACCUACUUGAUGAGAUUAUUAUGGACAAAAGAGCAAGAUUAUUUUUAGGCAGGUAAGCAUCAAGCUCAUCACCAUGCACUUUCACCAUCCUGUGAAGUUCAUCAAAACUUCUGUAGCCUAAUAAACUGCAUGCUUUCCCGAGUCGUAGUGGGAGGACCACACAACAAAUCAUUGCGUGACUCCAAGUUUACUUCGAUAUGAUGGUUAUUAAAUCAACAUUUGUUGAUAAUGGCCACCAUUUCUCGCAUAAUUAAUUUUACAGACACAAAAAGCUCUCACCUUAUCUAGCGUAUUUUGGAAAGUUUACCAGAAAUAUACAGUUUCCAUCGGGCCUGUGUAAAAAAAAAAAAAAAUCUACAUGUACUUUACUCGCAUAAAAAGGUUGGAUGGAAACCUGGUUACAAAAACGAUUUUGCUCUGGUACAGUAAUUUGUCAGCAAUUUAACAAUAUAAAAUCAGCUGAUGUCUUAUUUUUCUGUGUUAACUUGAGUUCAUGGACAAUUUCAGGCCUUUUUCCUUACCUAGACUACAUGUUGUGAAUUAUGCAAUUUAAAUCUCAAAACCAACUAUCAAAGUGGCCAAGGCUGCAGUCCAAAGAUGUUAUUUCUACCCCCUCAGCCCUCACGCUAGCCACUUUCCCUCGGGGAAUCCAUGUCAAAACCAGAUGCAGUUUGAUUGCCAUCUUAAGUGCCCCCUCGGACCUCGAUUUAGCUUGAGGGAACGAGUGAAGAACUUUGAUCACUUCUGAGAUUGAUACAAUAUGAGCCACAAUUCAAUGCAAACUGUAGUCACGUGUCAAAUUUAAUCAACAGGGCUGUAUUUCCGGCAUGUCAGCCAAAAUAAUGAAGCUAGCUUGCUAAAAAGAAUAUACAGUGAGGGAAAAAAGUGUUUGAUCCCCUGCUAAUUUUGUACGUUUGCCCACUGACAAAGAAAUGAUCAGUCUAUAAUUUUAAUGGUAGGUUUAUUUGAACAGUGAGAGACAGAAUAACAACAAAAAAAUCCAGAAAAACGCAUGUCAAAAAUGUUAUAAAUUGAUUUGCAUUUUAAUGAGGGAAAUAAGUAUUUGACCCCCUCUCAAUCAGAAAGAUUUCUGGCUCCCAGGUGUCUUUUAUACAGGUAACGAGCUGAGAUUAGGAGCACACUCUUAAAGGGAGUCCUCCUAAUCUCAGCUUGUUACCUGUAUAAUAAUAAAAUAAUAUGCCAUUUAGCAGACGCUUUUAUCCAAAGCGACUUACAGUCAUGUGUGCAUAAAUGUUUACGUAUGGGUGGUCCCGGGGAUCGAACCCACUACCCUGGCGUUACAAGCGCCAUGCUCUACCAAUUGAGCUACAGAGGACCACUGUAUAAAAGACACCUGUCCACAGAAGCAAUCAAUCAAUCAGAUUCCAAACUCUCCACCAUGGCCAAGACCAAAGAGCUCUCCAAGGAUGUCAGGGACAAGAUUGUAGACCUACCAAAGCCUGGAAUGGGCUACAAGACCAUCGCCAAGCAGCUUGGUGAGAAGGUGACAACAGUUGGUGCGAUUAUUCGCAAAUGGAAGAAACACAAAAUAACUGUCAAUCUCCCUCGGCCUGGGGUUCCAUGCAAGAUCUCACCUCGUGGAGUUGCAAUGAUCAUGAGAACAGUGAGGAAUCAGCCCAGAACUACACGGGAGGAUCUUGUCAAUGAUCUCAAGGCAUCUGGGACCAUAGUCACCAAGAAAACAAUUGGUAACACACUACGCCGUGAAGGACUGAAAUCCUGCAGCGCCCGCAAGGUCCCCCUGCUCAAGAAAGCACAUAUACAUGCCCGUCUGAAGUUUGCCAAUGAACAUCUGAAUGAUUCAGAGGAGAACUGGGUGAAAGUGUUGUGGUCAGAUGAGACCAAAAUCGAGCUCUUUGCCAUGAACUCAACUCGCCGUGUUUGGAGGAGGAGGAAUGCUGCCUAUGACCCCAAGAACACCAUCCCCACCAUCAAACAUGGAGGUGGAAACAUUAUGCUUUGGGGGUGUUUUUCUGCUAAGAGGACAGGACAACUUCACCGCAUCAAAGGGACGAUGGACGUUGCCAUGUACCGUCAAAUCUUGGGUGAGAACCUCCUUCCCUCAGCCAGGGCAUUGAAAAUGGGUCGUGGAUGGGUAUUCCAGCAUGACAAUGACCCACAACACACGGCCAAGGCAACAAAGGAGUGGCUCAAGAAGAAGCACAGUAAGGUCCUGGAGUGGCCUAGCCAGUCUCCAGACCUUAAUCCCAUAGAAAAUCUGUGGAGGGAGCUGAAGGUUCGAGUUACCAAACGUCAGCCUCGAAACCUUAAUGACUUGGAGAAGAUCUGCAAAGAGGAGUGGGAUAAAAUCCCUCCUGAGAUGUGUGCAAACCUGGUGGCCAACUACAAGAAACGUCUGACCUCUUUGAUUGCCAACAAGGGUUUUGCCACCACGUACUAAGUCAUGUUUUGCAGAGGGGUCAAAUACUUAUUUCCCUCAUUAAAAUGCAAAUCAAUUAAAUAACAUUUUUGACAUGCAUUUUUCUGGAUUUUUUGUUGUUAUUCUGUCUCUCACUGUUCAAAUAAACCUACCAUUAAAAUUAUAGACUGCUCAUAUCUUUGUCAGCAAAUGUACAAAAUCAGCAGGGGAUCAAAUACUUUUUUCCGUCACUGUAUAGAUUACAUUGAUUUUAGCGUUGGCAAAUUGGCUUAGUCUCGUAGUGAGGAGCCUAUAAAGCUUAACUAGCUUCAUAAACAUAUUUUGGGGAAUUCUUACAUUUAUUGUAAUCAUUUACCAAACUAUAAAACUAGCUAAUCAGAUAUGGGUAACUGUAGCUAGCUACCUGACAGGAGUGCUAGCAAGCUACGUUAGCUUAGUAGGUACAGUGGGGAAAAAAAGUGUUUAGUCAGCCACCAGUUGUGCAAGUUCUCCCACUUAAAAAGAUGAGAGAGACCUGUAAUUUUCAUCAUAGGUACACGUCAACUAUGACAGACAAAUUGAGAAUUUUUUUCCAGAAAAACACAUUGUAGGAUUUUUAAAGAAUGUAUUUGCAAAUGAUGGUGGAAAAUAAGUAUUUGGUCACCUACAAACAAGCAAGAUUUCUGGCUCUCACAGACCUGUAACUUCUUCUUUAAGAGGCACCUCUGUCCUCCACUCGUUACCUGUAGUAAUGGCACCUGUUUGAACUUGUUAUCAGUAUAAAAGACACCUGUCCACAACCUCAAACAGUCACACUCCAAACUCCACUAUGGCCAAGACCAAAGAGCUGUCAAAGGACACCAGAAACAAAAUUGUAGACCGGCACCAGGCUGGGAAGACUGAAUCUGCAAUAGGUAAGCAGCUUGGUUUGAAGAAAUCAACUGUGGGAGCAAUUAUUAGGGAAUGGAAGACAUACAAGACCACUGAUAAUCUCCCUCGAUCUGGGGCUCCACGCAAGAUCUCACCACGUGGGGUCAAAAUGAUCAUAAGAACGGUGAGCAAAAAUCCCAGAACCACACAGGGGACCUAGUGAAUGACCUGCAGAGAGCUGGGACCAAAGUAACAAAGCCUACCAUCAGUAACACACUACGCCGCCAGGGACUCAAAUCGACCCAGACGUGUCCCCCUGCUUAAGCCAGUACAUGUCCAGGCCCGUCUGAAGUUUGCUAGAGUGCAUUUGGAUGAUCCAGAAGAGGAUUGGGAGAAUGUCAUAUGGUCAGAUGAAACCAAAAUAUAACUUUUUGGUAAAAACUCAACUCGUCGUGUUUGGAGGACAAAGAAUGCUGAGUUGCAUCCAAAGAACACCAUACCUACUCUGAAGCAUGGGGGUGGAAACAUCAUGCUUUGGGGCUGUUUUUCUGCAAAGGGACCAGGACGACUGAUCCGUGUAAAGGAAAGAAUGAAUGGGGCCAUGUAUCGUGAGAUUUUGAGUGAAAACCUCCUUCCAUCAGCAAGGGCAUUGAAGAUGAAACGUGGCUGGGUCUUUCAGCAUGACAAUGAUCCCAAACACACUGCCCGGGCAACGAAGGAGUGGCUUCGUAAGAAGCAUUUCAAGGUCCUGGAGUGGCCUAGCCAGUCUCCAGAUCUCAACCCCAUAGAAAAUCUUUGGAGGGAGUUGAAAGUCCGUGUUGCCCAGUGACAGCCCCAAAACAUCACUGCUCUAGAGGAGAUCUGCAUGGAGGAAUGGGCCAAAAUACCAGCAACAGUGUGUGAAAACCUUGUGAAGACUUACAGAAAACGUUUGACCUGUGUCAUUGCCAACAAAGGGUAUAUAACAAAUUAUUGAGAAACUUUUGUUAUUGACCAAAUACUUAUUUUCCACCAUAAUUUGCAAAUAAAUUCAUAAAAAAUCCUACAAUGUGAUUUUCUGGAUUUGUUUUCCUCAUUUUGUCUGUCAUAGUUGACGUGUACCUAUGAUGAAAAUUACAGGCCUCUCUCAUCUUUUUAAGUGGGAGAACUUGCACAAUUGGUGGCUGACUAAAUACUUUUUUUCCCCACUGUACAUUAAUAGCUUUAGGUUGGUUGUUUUUAAGCUCAACUUUCCAUCAAGGAUGUUGUCUCUCCGAUCAUCACUCUCUCUCGCUUGGGCAAGGGACAUUUAAGGUACACUCGGAUAUGGUGAUGUAAAACGGCAUUAAGGUCUGAGUGUUUAGGGCCGAGGGCUGUCUACUUUGAGUUUGGACUGCAGCCCAAGUCCCAAGCAAGAUGGCUGCAGAGUCACCUGACAGGUCAAACUUUAUUAAGAUGGCUGACACACACCAAAUAGAUCAUGACAGUAAAGUAAAACAGUCACGUGGCUGACGAUAGUCAGAGUUCAUCUUAUAAUGACAUACAUAUCAAAUGAUAAAACAAUGACUUGUCAGUGUGGACUUUGAAUUGAAUGCACAUCUGGCAGUCCUAAGAGUGAUAAUUACUUUAUUUUUUAAUAAUAAGGCUAGACAAUUUAUUUAUUAUAUUUAUUACCAGCUCAUUAUCAAAUGUAUUCAAGAGUAUUUUCACAUUGCCACAGAAUCUGCAUUGCCAACAGCACACUUUCCUAUUUUCUGUUCUAUCAUCUGACUUACAGUGUCUUGCAAAAGUAUUCAUCCCCCUUGGCGUUUUUCCUACUUUGUUGCAUUACAACCUGUAAUUUAAAUGGAUUUUUAUUUGGAUUUCAUGUAAUGGACAUACACAAAAUAGUCAAAAUUGGUGAAGUGAAAUGAAAAAAUAACCCGUUUCAAAAAAUUCUAAACAAUAAAUAACGGAAAAGUGGUGCGUGCAUAUGUAUUCACCCCAUUUGCUAUGAAGCCCCUAAAUAAGAUCUGGUGCAACCAAUUACCUUCAGAAGUCACAUAAUUAGUUAAAUAAAAUCCACCUGUGUGCAAUCUAAGUGUCACAUGAUCUGUCACAUGAUCUCAGUAUAUAUACAGCUGUUCUGAAAGGCCCCAGAGUCUGCAACACCACUAAGCAAGGGGCACCACCAAGCAAGCGGCACCAUGAAGACCAAGGAGCUCUCCAAACAGGUCAGGGACAAAGUUGUGGAGAAGUACAGAUCAGGGUUGGGUUAUAAAAAAAUAUCUGAAACGUUGAACAUCCCACGGACCACCAUUAAAUCCAUUAUAAAAAAAUGGAAAGAAUAUGGCACCACAACAAACCUGCCAAGAGCGACCCGCCCACCAAAACUCAAGGACCAGGCAAGGAGGGCAUUAAUCAGAGAGGCAACAAAGAGACUAAAGAUAACCCUGAAGGAGCUGCAAAGCUCCACAGCGGAGAUUGGAGUAUCUGUCCAUAGGACCACUUUAAGCCGUACACGCCACAGAGCUGGGCUUUACGGAAGAGUGGCCAGAAAAAAAGCCAUUGCUUAUUGAAAAAAAUAAGCAAACAUGUUUGGUGUUCGCCAAAAGGCAUGUGGGAGACUCCCCAAACAUAUGGAAGAAGGUACUCUGGUCAGAUGAGAUUGCUUUUUGGCCAUCAAGGAAAACACUAUGUCUGGCGCAACCCCAACACCUCUCAUCACCCCGAGAACACCAUCCCCACAGUGAAGCAUGGUGGUGUCAGCAUCAUGCUGUGGGGAUGUUUUUCAUCGGCAGGGACUGGGAAACUGGUCAGAAUUUAAUGAAUAAUGGAUGGAGCUAAAUACAUGGAAAUUCUUGAGGGAAACCUGUUUCAGUCUUCCAGAGAUUUGAGACUGGGACGGAGGUUCACCUUCCAGCAGGACAAUGACCCUAAGCAUACUGCUAAAGUAACACUCAAGUGGUUUAAGGGGAAACAUUUAAAUAUCUUGGAAUAGUCAAAGCCCAGACCUCAAUCCAAUUGAGAAUCUGUGGUAUGACUUAAAGAUUGCUGUACACUAUCGGAACCCAUCCAACUUGAAGGAGCUGGAGCAGUUUUGCCUUGAAGAAUGGGCAAAAAUCACAGUGGCUAGAUGUGCCAAGCUUAUAGAGACAUACCCCAAGAUACUUGCAUGUGUAAUUGCUGCAAAAGGUGGCUCUACAAAGUAUUGACUUUGGGGGGAUGAAUAGUUAUGCACGCUCAGGUUUUCUGUUUAAAAAAAAUCUUAUUUCUUGUUUGUUUCACAAGAAAAAAUAUUUUGCAUCUUCAAAGUGGUAGGCAUGUUGUGUAAAUCAAAUGAUACAAACCCCCCAAAAUCAAAUUUAAUUCCAGGUUGUAAGGUAACAAAAUAGGAAAAAUUCCAAGGGGGGUGAAUACUUUCGCAAGCCACUGUAGUUAUUGAACAGCAUCAACAUUCAGGCGUUCCUACCCCUCUGGGUACAGUUGAGUAUCAUUUGAAUAUCAGCUACUGGACGUUAUGUCGUGCCUGUAGUGGGAUGAGUACUCAGUUAGCCUUGUCAUUGAUAUGAUGAUCUCUCUAGCUCCAUAUUGAUAUGUAUCAGAUCUGUAACAAAUCGCAACAUUAAUGAAUUAAAAAGAGAAUUAAGUGUGUGGCUGUUGAUGAUGAUUCGUCAAGAAUCACAUAUGAUCUAGGUUUUAAUUAAAAGGCCCCAUUCUCUUGAGCGUCCAGUGUUUCUCACCUCCCUCUGGAGAACAAUGAUAUCUCUGAGAGAUAUGAAAAAAAAUGAGAAGGUCGCAACAUGUUACAUUUUUAUUAAGUAGCUCUCAUGCUAGAAAAGGUUGGAGACCUCUGCAUUAGACAGUUUAAUAGUCACAUGUACAGGGGCGCAGGUGUAUUUACAAGGUACAGUGAAAGUCUUGAACGAGCUCCAACAAUGCAAGACAAAUAAAACAAGAAAGAUAUAAUCAAGGAUGUCCGGGUGGGAAGGUUGAAGCUAUUGGCCAGUCUUACAGUUUUUGCCAUGAUGUUCCUAUACUGCCCCCAUCUAAAUGAUGGAAAUGGGGAAAACAGGCCAUGGCUCGGGUGGCUGGGAUCCCUGAUGAUCUUCUUAGACUUUCUGUGACACCUGGUGUUGUAGGUGUCCUGGAGGGCAGGCAGUGUGCACCCAAUGGUAUGUUCGGCUGAGCGUACCACCCUCUUUAGCGCCUUGCGGUUCCCGGCGGUGGUGUAGCCAUACCAGGCUGUGAUGCAGCCCGACAGAAUGCUCUCGAUGGUGCUCCUGUAGAACACUGUGAGGGCCCUCGGGGACAGGCCAAAUUUCUUCAGCAUCCUGAGGUUGAAGAGUCGCUGUCAUGCCUUCUUCGCCACGGUGUCCUUAUGAUUUGACCAUUUCAGCACGUCGGAGAUAUAUAAGCCGAGGAACUUGAAGUUUUUGACCAUCUCCACAGCGGCCCCGUUGAUGUGGAUGGGUUCCUCCUGAAGUCCACAAUCAGCUCCUUUGUUUUGUUGAUGUUGAGGUUGUUUACCUGGCACCACGCCAUCAGAGUGCCUACCUCCUCCCUGUAGGCCAUCUCGUUGUUGUUGGCAUUUAGGACUACUACUAUCGUCAGCGAACUUGAUGAUAGAGUUGGAACUGUGUGAGGCCGUCAGGAAGUCCAGGACCAAGUUGCAUAGGGAAACGUUCAGUCCCAGGGCCGUGAGCUUUGUGGUGAGCUUAGAGGGCACUAUGGUAUUGAAGGUCAAGCUAGAGUCGAUGAACAGCAUCCUCACAUAUACAUUCCUUUUGUCCAGGUGGGUGAGGGUAGUGUGCAGUGCAAUGGAGAUUGCGUCGGCCAUGGAUCUGUCAGGGCGGUAGGCGAAUUGUAGCCCCAAACCCAUGAGAAGAGAGAGAGAUGGAGAGAGAGAGGUUCGGACAGAGAUAGAUGUAGACAGGCAUUGAAGGGGUGGCUAAGCACUAGGGGGACCCCUCGCUUUCGUGGUCCCUCUUUUCCCUAAACACUGAUCCUCGUGACCUGUUGCUCUGCCAGUGCCCAACACCCUGGAGACACAACACAAUUCUCGCUCACACCACAUCUUUCGCAACUGAUGUUUGUGCCUGUCGCCAUGGUAAUCCUGAAUCAACAAGCACCAUGGAGAUAGAAUAUCUAGGGUGAGAUUUCCUGUGUGUGUGUGUGCUCAUGAUGUUUAUGCUUUUGCAGUCUGUAGAUAACAAGUCAUGACACUCUAAGAAUAUUGAUGUUACGUGGAGGGAGAACAAACUUUAACUGAAUAACUCAGUAUGUCCAUUAAUGAUCAAUGCUGUGUAUAGUCAAACCCAUGAGAAGAGUGAGAGAUGGAGGGAGAGAGAGAUAGGUUCAGACAGAGAGAUAUGUAGACAGGCAUUGAAGCGGGCGGCUCAGCCCUAGGCACCCCUCGCUCUUGUCGUCCCUCUUGUCCGUAUACACUUCUUGUCCCUAUACAUCCUCAUGGCAUGUUGCUCUGCCAGUGUCCAACACCCUGGAGAUACAAGACACAACUCUAUGCUCGCUCGAACCACAUCCUUCGCAACUGAUGUUUGUCUCUGUCGCCAUGGUAAUCAUGUAUCAGCAAGCACCAUGGAGAUAGGAUACCUGGGGUGAGAUUUCCUAUGUGAGUGUGUGUGGUCAUGAUGUUCAUGCUUUUGCGGUCUGUAGACACAAGGUCCUGACAAGAAUAUUGAUGUAAUAUUUCUAUAAAUUGUAUUCUGACUAUCUUUACAAACUUCCUCAGAAGGUGAAUAUACAGUACCAGUCAAAAGUGUGGACACAAUUACUCAUUCCAGGGUUUUUCUUUAUUUGUAUUAUUUUGUACAUUGUAGAAUAACAGUGAAGACAUCACAACUAUGAAAUAACACAUAUGGAAUCAUGUAGUAACCAAGAAAGUGUUAAACAAUUCAAACUAUAUUUUAUAUUUGAGAUUCUUCAAAUAGCCACCCUUUGCCUUGAUGACAGCUUUGCACAAUCUUUUUAAACUGAAUAUCACAUUUACAUAAGUAUUCAAACCCUUUACUCAGUACUUUGUUGAAGCACCUUUGGCUGCAAUUACAGCAUCGACUCUUCUUGGGUAUGACGCUACAAGCUUGGCACACCUGUUUUUGCUUCGUCAUUAUGUAUUAUUGUGUGUGGAUUGAUGAGAAAUAAAAUGAUUUAAUCAAUUUUAGAAUAAAAUUGGGAAAAAGUCAAGGGGUCUGAAUACUUUCCGAAUGCACUGUAGAAAUGCAGACAGAGAUGACAUUUGACAUUUGGAGGUUUCGGUGUAAGACUGAGAAGACAUGGUAUAAACAGGUCUGCCGCUCAUGACAUCGGCUCAUGAUACCUGCUCAUGGCACCUGCUCAUUUACAUUACAUUUACAUUUACGUCAUUUAGCAGACGCUCUUAUCCAGAGUGACUUGCUCAUGAUACCUGCUAAAGUAAAACUGGAGAUAGGUGUGUGAAACUGACCACCUGACCUGACAAGAGCUAGCUAACAAUAACUACAGAUACAGGGCAGAGAGAUGGCAAUUCCCACUCGGCUGCCCCAAUACUGUAGUUUCCGUCUCUCAUUUCGGUAUGUCACAAGACUGUAUGAUUCUGUCACAGAAUAGAUUCUCACCCAGAUGCAAAUGUGCUGUUCACCUUUUUAGCAACUGACUGUGGAAAAGUGAUCAGAAACCUCCCUUAGUAUGUACAUGUGAAAUCUGAUAAUGAUUCUGUUUGUUUGCUGUGUGUGUGUUUUCUGUGUGUUUUUAAGUUGUGUUUAGGAAAGCUUUAACUCUGUGUUUCUGUGAGGUACAGCCCAAACAGCAGGGCAUGUUUGCAGGAGGAGUGAAGUUCUGUUUGAACCCUUUUCACUCAUGGGAAUUGGCCUAUAUGGAUAUUAAAAGUAUAUGCAUAAGCAUGGUAGAAAUUUAAAGGGAACAGUUUGGAGAUUAUGGAGAAAUUAUUACACCAAAGUUGAGGACACAACAGUUCAGCUGACACCAGACUGACACCAGACUAAAUCCAAACAUUACACUGUUCAUCACAUUUGUUGUUAACGAAAUCUGAAAAUACUUUGGAUACAUUCAGUAACAUGAUAGAAAUAUUACUGGACAAUCUGAGUUAGGUGCAAGUUGCAACAUAAGACUAAGAAAUGACAAGGGUUUGAGUGAGAGGACUAACUGUGUGCACAGUUCCUAAGUAAUUUCAAUGUACUUUUAUGACUCAAAGAAGAGUCUUCAACAUAAGGUGCUUUUUUGUAGCUCUCCUAGCUGUUCCGUUGAGGAACUAGAGCAAGCUCACUUGUAGUUGUUUUGUUUGGAACACAAAACUGCAUCCCCGCCAUCACACAAUUGCUGUUGUUGAUUACGCAAUCCAAAAAUGGCGCAUUUUAAAUCGCAAUAUGGGUCAGGUGGUCAUUUGAAAGCUUGUUCUGUUACCAACAUGACUACCUAAGAUAUAAAAUAAGAUCUUACAAUGUCAGGCUUUCACAAGUCAAUUCAGAGAAAUAGAUCGUCAUUUUGGUGCGCAUACCCACUGGGCACACACUGGUUUAAUCAACGUGGUUUCCACGUUAUUUCAAUGAAAUUAUGUUGAACCAAUGUGAAAUAGACCUUGAAUUGACAUCUGUGCCCAGCGGGUAUAUUCAAGUGCAUGAUGUAUUCAGGUGAGUGUUCCGUGGCAAAUGUUCUUCACAAUAGACAAACAUAGGCUCCUUCUGUUCAGAACAACCCAGGGUAUGACAUAAUGUCAUCUUGUAACCCUAUCAGUCCCGAGACCCCAGCAAAAAUCGGCUUUUCAUUCAUCUGACUUUCAUUUACCUGUAUAUCCAGCCCUUAUAUUUAGCCUCACAUUUAAGUGUUUUACUAUUUAUUUUCAGGACAACCAGGGCUACAAGUAUAACACAACACUAUUUGACAUAAACAGUUGCAUUCAUGAGUUUUAUUGACAAAUGUAAAUUUUAAAAAAUACGGUCAGCCAAAGCAAAAACCUGAUAAAAAUGAAUUUACAGUGGGGAAAAAAAGUAUUUAGUCAGCCACCAAUUGUGCAAGUUCUCCCACUUAAAAAGAUGAGAGAGGCCUGUAAUUUUCAUCAUAGGAACACGUCAACUAUGACAGACAAAUUGAGAAAAAAAAAUCCAGAAAAUCACAUUGUAGGAUUUCUAAUUAUGGUGGAAAAUAAGUAUUUGGUCACCUACAAACAAGCCAGAUUUCUCUCUCUCACAGACCUGUAACUUCUUCUUUAAGAGGCUCCUCUGUCCUCCACUCGUUACCUGUAUUAAUGGCACCUGUUUGAACUUGUUAUCAGUAUUAAAGACACCUGUCCACAUCCUCAAACAGUCACACUCCAAACUCCACUAUGGCCAAGACCAAAGAGCUGUCAAAGGACACCAGAAACAAAAUUGUAGACCUGCACCAGGCUGGGAAGACUGAAUCUGCAAUAGGUAAGCAGCUUGGUUUGAAGAAAUCAACUGUGGGAGCAAUUAUUAGGAAAUGGAAGACAUACAAGACCACUGAUAAUCUCCCUCGAUCUGGGGCUCCACACAAGAUCUCACCCCGUGGGGUCAAAAUGAUCACAAGAACGGUGAGCAAAAAUCCCAGAACCACACGGGCGGACCUAGUGAAUGACCUGCAGAGAGCUGGGACCAAAGUAACAAAGCCUACCAUCAGUAACACACUACGCCGCCAGGGACUCAAAUCCUGCAGUGCCAGACGUGUCCCCCUGCUUAAGCCAGUACAUGUCCAGGCCCGUCUGAAGUUUGCUAGAGUGCAUUUGGAUGAUCCAGAAGAGGAUUGGGAGAAUGUCAUAUGGUCAAAUGAAACCAAAAUAUAACUUUUUGGUAAAAACUCAACUCGUCGUGUUUGGAGGACAAAGAAUGCUGAGUUGCAUCCAAAGAACAUCAUACCUACUGUGAAGCAUGGGGGUGGAAACAUCAUGCUUUGGGGCUGUUUUUCUGCAAAGGGACCAGGACGACUGAUCCGUGUAAAGGAAAGAAUGAAUGGGGCCAUGUAUCGUGAGAUUUUGAGUGAAAACCUCCUUCCAUCAGCAAGGGCAUUGAAGAUUAAAUGUGGCUGGGUCUUUCAGCAUGACAAUGAUCCCAAACACACCGCCCGGGCAAUGAAGGAGUGGCUUCGUAAGAAGCAUUUCAAGGUCCUGGAGUGGCCUAGCCAGUCUCCAGAUCUCAACCCCAUAGAAAAUCUUUGGAGGGAGUUGAAAGUCUGUGUUGCCCAGCAACAGCCCCAAAACAUCACUGCUCUAGAGGAGAUCUGCAUGGAGGAAUGGGCCAAAAUACCAGCAACAGUGUGUGAAAACCUUGUGAAGACUUACAGAAAACGUUUGACCUGUGUCAUUGCCAACAAAGGGUAUAUAACAAAGUAUUGAGAAACUUUUGUUAUUGACCAAAUACUUAUUUUCCACCAUAAUUUGCAAAUAAAUCCAUAAAAAAUCCUACAAUGUGAUUUUCAGGAUUUUUUUUCCUCAUUUUGUCAGUCAUAGUUGACGUGUACCUAUGAUGAAAAUUACAGGCCUCUCUAAUCUUUUUAAGUGAGAGAACCUGCACAAUUGGUGGCUGACUAAAUACUUUUUUCCCCCACUGUAUAUGAAUGCUGUAAGUACAGAAAUGUUUUGCUUAGUGGGAAAUGAACAUCCAGCUAGUCAGUAAUAACUGUUUGGAGUUUGUUACAGCAACUAUGUGAACUUAUUGCAGUAUUAUAGACACUAUGUCCUGGGAUUUCCUAUGAUCUUCUAUGUUGAAGAACCCCUUAUCUUCUAACGACUGAAGUGUAGCUUGUGAGCGUCAUUGAGCAAACCAUGUUACAAGUGCGUGUUUGUGACAGUCUCAGCUUUUUAAUAGUUUGCAGCUCAAAACAUUCUGACUGUACAGAUGUUUUUGUAAAAAGACCCGGUCCCUGGGCCCCUUUGGGAUCCGCCAUUGUCUCACAAGCACCGCUCUAGGUCAGCCCCCUUUAAUCACACAGACCAAUGGUACAACCCAGAAGUCUGUAGCUCAAACACACAAUGUUUAAACGGGGUUAGAAGUCCUAAAUCACACUGGCGAGACAGUGGGACUAAUUUAACUUGUGUGACAUCAAAGCAGUAUGACAUCGUUUUGGCUUGCUUGUAUGACAUCAAAGCGGUAUUUAUUAUAAUCCUCAAUGUCUCAUCUUUCAAAAUACAUUGAGUCCUCUUAAUUUACAACAUUUCCCUCACUCAGAAAACAAAAAAUGUGCUACAUUUUCCCAAGUAGCGGGAGGGAUGGGGGCAACUUCUUGUUGCGUGCAGUGCUCAACUUCAGAACGGCUGUCAGUCAAAACCCAUACAGCGCUAUGAAGCACAGAGCCUGAGCUCUGACGUCAUUUACAGCAUGUUACUGUACAGCCACUGCGUUCCAAUUUAGGCACAUAAUCAGUGCCACAAAUCUGACAUUUUCAACCCAUAUAGGGAUAGGAGUGUAAAGGGCUACGUGACAUUGAGCGAUGAUAUGACAGAUAAUUGGUAAAUUAUGUUGAUCAUUUAUGUUUGUGUGUGCGUGCGAGUGCGCACAUGCGUGUGUGUACAGUGGGGAAAAAAGAUUUGUCACCACAAUUGUGAAGUUAUCCACUUAAAAAGAUGAGAGAGGCUGUAAUUUCAUAUAGUACACGUCAACUAUGAAGACAAAGAAAAAAAAAUCCGAAACACAUUGUAGAUUUAAUGAAUUAUUGCAAAUUAUGUGAAAAUAGUAUUUGGACACCUACAACAAGCAUUACGACUGUAUUCUUUUUAAGAGGCUCCUUGUCCUCCACUUUACUGUUUAAUGGCUGUGACUUGUUAUAGUAAAGACACUGUUCACACCUCAACGUCACACUCCAAACUCCACUAUGGCGAAGACCAAAGAGCUGUCAAAGGACACCAGAAACAAAAUUGUAGACCUGCACCAGGCUGGGAAGACUGAAUCUGCAAUAGGUAAGCAGCUUGGUUUGAAUAAAUCAACUGUGGGAGCAAUUAUUAGGAAAUGGAAGACAUACAAGACCACUGAUAAUCUCCCUCGAUCUGGGGCUCCACGCAAGAUCUCACCCCGUGGGGUCAAAAUGAUCACAAGAACGGUGAGCAAAAAUCCCAGAACCACACGGGGGGACCUAGUGAAUGACCUGCAGAGAGCUGGGACCAAAGUAACAAAGCCUACCAUCAGUAACACACUACGCCGCCAGGGCCUCAAAUCCUGCAGUGCAAGACGUGUCCCCCUGCUUAAGCCAGUACAUGUCCAGGCCCGUCUGAAGUUUGCUAGAGUGCAUUUGUAUGAUCCAGAAGAGGAUUGGGAGAAUGUCAUAUGAAACCAAAAUAGAACUUUUUGGUAAAAACUCAACUCGUCGUGUUUGGAGGACAAAGAAUGCUGAGUUGCAUCCAAAGAACACCAUACCUACUGUGAAGCAUGGGGGUGGAAACAUCAUGCUUUGGGGCUGUUUUUCUGCAAAGGGACCAGGACGACUGAUCCGUGUAAAGGAAAGAAUGAAUGGGGCCAUGUAUCGUGAGAUUUUGAGUGAAAACCUCCUUCCGUCAGCAAAGGCAUUGAAGAUGAAACGUGGCUGGUUCUUUCAGCAUGUCAAUGAUCCCAAACACACCGCCCGGGCAACGAAGGAGUGGCUUCGUACGAAGCAUUUCAAGGUCCUGAAGUGGCCUAGCCAGUCUCCAGAUCUCAACCCCAUAGAAAAUCUUUCGAGGGAGUUGAAAGUCUGUGUUGCCCAGCAACAGCCCCAAAACAUCACUGCUCUAGAGGAGAUCUGCAUGGAGGAAUGGGCCAAAAUACCAGCAACAGUGUGUGACAACCUUGUGAAGACUUACAGAAAACGUUUGACCUGUGUCAUUGCCAACAAAGGGUAUAUAACAAACUAUUGAGAAACUUUUGUUAUUGACCAAAUACUUCUUUUCCACCAUAAUUUGCAAAUAAAUUCAUAAAAAAUCCUACAAUGUGAUUUUCUGGAUUUUUUUCCUCAUUUUGUCUGUCCUAGUUGACUUGUACCUAUGAUGAAAAUUACAGGCCUCUCUCAUCUUUUUAAGUGGGAGAACUUGCACAAUUGGUGGCUGACUAAAUACUUUUUUUCCCCACUGUAUGUAUAUGUGUGUGUGGUCUUACGCCAGUGUAACAAAACACUGUGAAACAAAACCAUACUGAGCCCUGAGGUUACCCACAUGAAAGAAUACUAUAGUAUACUAUGGUGUAAAUACUGUAGUAUUCACUGUAGUGUUUUUGCAGACUUUGUCCUGCAGGUAGACAGAUAGUUCAGCGCUUCUGCUCUUUUCUAUGACCUGUAGGAAACACAGUGCAUUCGGACCCCUUAACUUUUUCCAAAUUUUGUUUCGUUACAGCCUUAUUCUAAAAUUGAUUAAAUCGUUUUUUUCCCCCCUGAGAAAACUAAAACAGGUUUUUAGAAUUUUUUACAAAUGUAUAAUUUUUUAAAAACUGAAAUAUUACAUUUACAUUUACAAGUAUUCAGACCCUUUACUCAGUACUUUGUUGAUGCACCUUUGGCAGCGACUACAGCCUCAAGUCUUCUUGGGUAUGACGCUACAAGCUUGGCACACCUGUAUUUGGGGAGUUUUCUCCCAUUCUUCUCUGCAGAACAUCUCAAGCUCUGUCAGGUUGGAUGGGGAGCGUCGCUGCACAGCUUUUUUCAGGUCUCUCCAGAGAUGUUCAAUCAGGUUCAUGUCCUGGCUCUGGCUGGGCCACUCAAGGACAUUUAGAGACUUGUCCCGAAGCAACUCCUGUGUUGUCUUGGCUGUGUGCUUAGGGUCAUUGUCCUGUUGGAAGGUGAACCCUUGCCCCAGUCUGAGGUCCUGUUCUGUUCAUCUUUCCCUCGAUCCUGACUAGUCUCCCAGUCCCUACCGCUGAAAAACAUCCCCACAGCAUGAUGCUGCCACCACCAUGUUUCACCGUAGGGAUGGUGCCAGGUUUCCUCCAGACGUGACACUCGGCAUUCAGACCAAAGAGUUCAAUCUUGGUUUCAUCAGACCAGAGAAUCUUGUUUCUCAUGAUCUGAGAGUCAUUUAGGUGCCAUUUGGCAAACUCCAAGCGGGCUGUUAUGUGCCUUUUACUGAGGAGUGGCUUCCGUCUGGCCAAUCUACCAUAAAAGCCUGAUUGCAGAGAUGGUUGUCCUUCUGGAAGGUUCUCCCAUCUCCACAGAAUAACUCUCGAGCUCUGCCAGAGUGAACAUCGGGUUCUUGGUCACCUCCCGGACGAAGGCCCUUCUCCCCUGAUUGCUCAGUUUGGCCGGGCAGCCAGCUCUAGGAAGAGUCUUGGUGGUUCGAAACUUCUUCAAUGUUAGAAUGAUGGAGGCCACUGUGUUCUUGGGGACCUUCAAUGCUGCAGAAAAUGUUGGGUACCCCAGAUCUGUGCCUCGACACAAUCCUGUCUCGGAGCUCUACGGACAAUUCCUUCAACCUCAUGACUUGGUUUUUGCUCUGACAUGCACUGUCAACUGUGGGACCUUAUAUAGACAGGUGUGUGCCUUUCCAAAUCAUGUCUAAUCAAUUGAAUUUACCACAGGUGGAUUCCAAUCAAGUUGUAGAAACAUCUCAAGGAUGAUCAAUGGAAACAGGAUGCACCUAAGCUCAAUUUCGAGUCUCAUAGCAAAGGGUCUGAAUACUUAUGUAAAUAAGGUAUUUCCGUUUUUUAUUUGCAAUACAUUUGCACAAAUGUCUAAAAACCUGUUUUCACUUUGUCAUUAUGGGGUAAUGUGUGUAGAUUGAAGGGGUCUGAAUACUUUGAAUGUAGGUUUCUCACUUAUGGGUGGCACAAAUUGGGAUAUGGCGGAGGGAACUGGGCAGAGUAUAUGCACAUUAAAUACUGUAGUAUAUACUAUAGUAAUCACUGUAGUGUUUAAAAAAAAACAUUACUGUAGUAUUCACUGUAGUUAGUGUUUUUGUGGUCUGUAGAAUACUUAAGUAAUAAGGCUCAAGGGGGUGUGGUAUAUGGCCAAUAUACUGUACCACGGCUAAGGGCUGUUCUAAUGCACGACGCAACGUUGGAGUGCCUGGAUACAGCCCUUAGCUGUGGUUUACUGGCCAUAUACCACAAAUUCCCGAAGUGCCUUAUUGCUAUUAUAAACUGGUUAGCAACGUACUUAGGUCUGAUAUACCACGGCUUUCAGCCAAUAAGCAUUCAGGGCUCGAACCACCCAGUUUAUAAUGUAGUAUUUACCAUAGUAUUCUACAGUACUGUAUACUACUAAAUGAUAUAAUAAGUACUAUAUAUAUGAUUGAGGGAUACUACAGUAUGUAGUAUAAUGUUCUACAGGAUACUACAGUUUACUAGAUAAUUCUAUAGUAAGUAAUGUAGUAUUCUUUAGUAAACAUCAUCUGGGUAAAACACAGCAUAUGAGUGAUGAUCUGUCUCAUGGUAUGCCUUUCUGUCCCACAGCACUCAGACUGCAUCAGAACCAUCCUGAUAUGUAAUAACACAAAGGAAAACCUACCCACGUGCCUAGCUGAAAUACAUUUGUAAGAUUAAUUGUAUUCAACUAUAUGCUGUCUAUUGUCUGGGAACAUAAUCACAUGUAUGCUGAGUGACACAGUGGCAAUCAACAUCCUCAGCAACUUAUUCAAAUCUGCAGAAUAGUUGUGUUUCCAUUCACAGUAAAACAGGCUCAAAAUAGGCAUUAUAACUCCUUGUAAAACAAAAGAUGAAUGAGUUGUAAAGAGACUAUUGCAGGAAACCAGUCAAUCAUACUGUAGCAGCUGGCCAAUUGUUAAGUAUUUAUUGAAGUAUAGGAUGUGAGUAAUGUGUGUCCGCUUAUCGGAAGUGAAACUCGAGAGCACAGUCGUACUAAUUGCAUAUGGCAGAAUCUACAGUCGUGGUCAAAAGUUUUGAGAAUGACACAAAUAUUGGUCUUCACAAAGUUCGCUGUUUCAGUGUUAUGAGAUAUUUUUGUCAGAUGCUACUAUGGUGUACUGAAGUAUAAUUCCAAGCAUUCCAUAAGUGUCAAAGGCUUUUAUUGACAAUUACAUUAAGUUUAUGCAAAGAGUCAAUAUUUGCAGUGUUGACCCUUCUUUUUCAAGACCUCUGCAAUCCGCCCUGGCAUGCUGUCAAUUAACUUCUGGGCCACAUCCUGACUGAUGGCAGCCCAUUCUUGCAUAAUCAGUGCUUGGAGUUUGUCAGAAUGUGGGUUUUUGUUUGUCCACCCGCCUCUUGAGGAUCGACCACAAGUUCUCAAUGGGAUUAAGGUCUGGGGAGUUUCCUGGCCAUGGACCCAAAAUGUCGAUGUUUUCUUCCCCGAGCCACUUAGUUAUCACUUUUACCUUAUGGCAAGGUGCUCCAUCAUGCUGGAAAAGGCAUUGGUCGUCACCAAACUGUUCUUGGAAGGUUGGGAGAAGUUGCUCUCGGAGGAUGUGUUGGUACCUUUCUUUAUUCAUGGCUGUGUUCAUGGCUGUGUUCCCACACAUGAAUGGUCUCAGGAUGCUUUACUGUUGGCAUGACACAGGACUGAUGGUAGCGCUCACCUUGUCUUCUCUGGACAAGGUGUUUUCCGGAUGCCCCAAACAAUCGGAAAGGGGAUUCAUCAGAGAGAAUGACUUUACCCCAGUCCUCAGCAGUCCAAUCCCUGUACCUUUUGCAGAAUAUCAGUCUGUCCCUGAUGUUUUUUCCUGGAGAGAAGUGGCUUCUUUGCUGCCCUUCUUGACACCAGGCCAUCCUCCAAAAGUCUUCGCCUCACUGUGCGUGCAGAUGCACUCACACCUGCCUGCUGCCAUUCCUGAGCAAGCUCUGCACUGGUGGUGCCCCGAUCCCGCAGCUGAAUCAAAUUUAGGAGACGGUCCUGGCGCUUGCUGGACUUUCUUAGGCGCCCUGACGCCUUCUUCACAACAAUUGAACCUCUCUCCUUGAAGUUCUUGAUGAUCCGAUAAAUGGUUGAUUUAGGUGCAAUCUUACUAGCAGCAAUAUCCUUGACUGUGAAGCCCUUUUUGUGCAAAGCAAUGAUGAAGGCACGUGUUUCCUUGCAGGUAACCAUGGUUAAUAGAGGAAGAACAAUGAUUUCAAGCACCACCCUCCUUUUAAAUUAUUAUUAUUAAUAUUAUUUUAAAGCUUCCAGUCUGUUAUUCUAACUCAAUCAGCAUAACAGAGUGAUCUCCAGCCUUGGCCUCGUCAACACUCUCACCUGUGUUAACGAGAGAAUCACUGACAUGAUGGCAGCUGGUCCUUUUGUGGCAGGGCUGAAAUGCAGUGAAAAUGUUUUUUUGGGAUUAAGUUCAUUUUCAUGGCAAAGAGGGACUUUGCAAUUAAUUGCAAUUCAUCUGAUCACUCUUCAAGACAUUCUUGAGUAUAAGCAAAUUUACAUCAUCAAAACUGAGGCAGCAGACUUUGUGAAAAUUAGUAUUUGUGUCAUUCUCAAAACUUUUGACCACGACUGUGAGGGAAAAAAGUAUUUGAUCCCCUGCUGAUUUUGUACGUUUGCCCACUGACAAAUAAAUGAUCAGUCUAUCAUUUUAAUGGUAGGUUUAUUUGAACAGUGAGAGACCGAAUAACAACAAAAUUAAACAGAAAAACGCAUGUCAAAAAUGUUAUAAAUUGAUUUGCAUUUUAAUGAGGGAAAUAAGUAUUUGACCCCCUCUCAAUCAGAAACAUUUCUGGCUCCCAGGUGUCUUUUAUACAGGUAACGAGCUGAGAUUAGGAGCCCACUCUUAAAGGUAGUGCUCCUAAUCUCAGCUUGUUACCUGUAUAAAAGACACGUCCAUGUAUGCACGCACGACUGUAAGUCGCUUUGGAUAAAAGCGUCUGCUAAAUGGCAUAUUAUUAUUUUAUUUUUAGAAGCAAUCAAUCAAUCAGAUUCCAAACUCUCCACCAUGGCCAAGACCAAAGAGCUCUCCAAGGAUGUCAGGGACAAGAUUGUAGACCUACAAGGCUGGAAUGGGCUACAAGACCAUCGCCAAGCAGCUUGGUGAGAAGGUGACAACAGUUGGUGCGAUUAUUCGCAAAUGGAAGAAACACAAAAUAACUGUCUCCCUCGGCCUAGGGCUCCAUGCAAGAUUUCACCUCGUGGAGUUGCAAUGAUCAUGAGAACGGUGAGGAAUCAGCCCAGAACUACAUGGGAGGAUAUUGUCAAUGAUCUCAAGGCAGCUGGGACCAUAGUCACCAAGAAAACAAAUUGGUAACACACUACGCCGUGAAGGACUGAAAUCCUGCAGCGCCCGCAAGGUCCCCCUGCUCAAGAAAGCACAUAUACAUGCCCGUCUGAAGUUUGCCAAUGAACAUCUGAAUGAUUCAGAGGAGAACUGGGUGAAAGUGUUGUGGUCAGAUGAGACCAAAAUGGAGCUCUUUGGCAUCAACUCAACUCGCUGUGUUUGGAGGAGGAGGAAUGCUGCCUAGAACACCAUCCCCAACGUCAAAUGUGGAGGUGGAAACAUUAUGCUUUGGGGGUGUCUUUCUGCUAAGGGGACAGGACAACUUCACCGCAUCAAAGGGACGAUGGAUGGAGCCAUGUACCGUCAAAUCUUGGGUGAGAACUUCCUUCCCUCAGCCAGGGAAUUGAAAAUGGGUCAUGGAUGGGUAUUCCAGCAUGACAAUGACCCAAAACACAUGGCCAAGGCAACAAAGGAGUGGCUCAAGAAGAAGCACAUUAAGGUCCUGGAGUGGCCUAGCCAGUCUCCAGACCUUAAUCCCAUAGAAAAUCUGUGGAGGGAGCUGAAGGUUUGAGUUGCCAAACGUCAGCCUCGAAACCUUAAUGACUUGGAGAAGAUCUGCAAAGAGGAGUGGGACAAAAUGCCUCCUGAGAUGUGUGCAAACCUGGUGACCAACUACAAGAAACGACUGACCUCUGUGAUUGCCAACAAGGGUUUUGCCACCAAGUACUAAGUCAUGUUUUGCAGAGGGGUCAAAUACUUAUUUCCCUCAUUAAAAUGCAAAUCAAUUUAUAACACUUUUGACAUGCGUUUUUCUGGAUUUUUUUGUUGUUAUUCUGUCUCUCACUGUUCAAAUAAACCUACCAUUAAAAUGAUAGACUGAUCAUUUCUUUGUCAGUGGGCAAACGUACAAAAUCAGCAAUGGAUCAAAUACUUUUUUCCCUCACUGUAUAUGUAUUGCAAUGUGUUGAGAGCUUAAAUAUAGGCUUAUACAGGUGUAUGACAAAGAGAACAUACAUUACUAUUUCAAUUCAUAGGUUGCACCUCCGUCACUGAGUCGCGUCAUGCCAUUGUUAUGAACGUUCUCAACCGGCGGCGCAAUAGUGGUGCCCUAAAGUUGUGAUAAGCCCAGUCAUUCUGGACGGAGACUGUUUAGUCUAAAUUACACUAUAGUGCCUGGAAAUACGAUUACAUUGCUAAAGUAGUCAAAUGUUUAGUAGGAAACAACUUUGCCAGCAUUAUCAUGUCGUCAAAUUUACUUUAGACCAGGGGUGUCAAACUCAUUUUAGCUCAGGGGCCACAUGGAGGAAAAUCUAUCCCCAAGUGGGCCGGACCGGAAAAAUCAUGGUAUAUAUAACUUAAAAACAACAACUUCAGAUUGUUUUCUUUGUUUUAAUACGAUCAACAUACAACAUAAAGCUGGAGCCUGAGGACAGUGUGUCCAAAAUAGUACAAGCACAACAUCACUAUUAAUCAUAAAACACGUCAAGUUUAUUUGAAAAUUCUGAAGAAAAAGAACACACAAACACACAAUGCCUCAGUGAUUAACAGAACUGUUUCACAGAUCACAGAACUAUAUCAGGGUGUCAUUUCUCAGGCAGAAAUGUAGAUAAAAAUAAUGAAAUCCUGUUCCCCAAACAAGUGCAAGAACCACAGAGUCAAGAAUAGGUUAAAUAUAUGAAUAAAAUAAAAUCAAUUAAAAACAAUAGCACAUCAACAUAAAAACAUAUAAACAUAAAGCUGGAGCCUGAGGACAGUGUCCAAAAGCACAACAUCACUAUUAAUCAUAAAACACCUCAAGUUAUUUGAAAGUUCUGAGGACAAAGAACACACAAACACACAAUGCCUCAGUGAUUCACAGAAGUAUAUCACAGAUCACAGAACUAUAUCAGGGUGUCAUUUCUCAGGCAGAAAUGUAGAUAAAAAUAAUGAAAUCCUGUUCCCCAAACAAGUGCAAGAACCACAGAGUCAAGAAUAGGUUAAAUAUACAAAUAAAAUAAAAACAAUUAAAAACAAUAGCACAUCAACAUAAAAACAUAUAAACAUAAAGCUGGAACCUGAGGACAGGGUCCAAAAGCACAACAUCACUAUUAAUCAUAAAACACCUCAAGUUAUUUGAAAGUUUUAUUAUUAUUAUUAUUAUUAUUAUUAUUUUAUUUUUUUAUCAUCUCGCGGGCCGGAUUAAACCCGUUUGCGGGCCUGAUCCAGCCCGCGGGCCGGACGUUUGACACCCCUGCUUUAGACAGAUGGCAAUGUUGUCAUUAGCUAGAAAAGUUUGUCAAAAAUAGCUAGCAAUGCUAACGUUAGCUAGCUAAAAACUAUGGUGACAUCAAAAUGAUGACAAAAGUUUUUCCUACCAAUUAUUUGACUCCUUAUGAAUGGCAUUGUAUUACCAAGCCACUGUAAUGCACUUUUGAUGAAAUCUUCAUAGGCGCUCAUUGACGAUGCAUUGAGUAGAUUGCUCAGUUGGGCAUCAGUACAAAACAAACGUUCAAAACAAUAUUGUGACAAAACAUGCAACCUAUGAAUAGGAGUACUCAGGUAAUGUUAGUCCUGGAUAAAUAUUAGUAUGCCAGAGCUGCAGUAAGGUCACCACUGAUCCCAUCUCUGUCAGUUACUAUGGAGUUAUAGACUAGAAGAACUAGGUACUGGUUUCAGAAGUAUUUCCCAAGACAACUAUUCAAUAGUGUUAAGAAGUAUUAGGUUCCAAUACUUUAUAAGUAGAAAUGUAACCUGUUUUAUAUGAAAAGCAACAUCAUUAUAUAAGAUUUCUUAUGAUGGAUUGUUGAAAUAAAAUAAUUACAGGGGGAACAUCUAAAUGGCUUGACCUGCGUUGUUCUGGUACCGGUUCCGACUGACAGUUUUGCUUAUAAAUCGAUCUGUGGACACCGUAAAUCGAAAUGGCUUGCAUUGAGAGGUAGCCCUGAUUCUCACGGACAAAUGAGUAUAUAAUCUACCGCCUGUGUGAAGUAGGAUGUGAAAUCUGACACCACUUGAAGCUGGGAUGUCCCUCCUACUAUUCCAUUCACUCUACCAUCAAUUCCUGACUGAGCCCUAUGUCACAGCCACUGAUAAAGCACAUACCUGCAAUCCUUACACAUACCUGCAAUCCUUACAGAGCAGCAGGAGAGAGGGAUUUCUAGCACAUUCAGAGAUUGAUUUAUAGCAAUAUUAAUAUGAGAUGAAAGGCGAGUUCCUAACGAGUUCAGGAAGCCAAGCUCGAGCUCUGUGUGACUUUCACAGCGGCAGGGGAAAUACUUUUUGAUCAAGAGAGACCUUUAGAAAAUGUGCACAUUUUCUCUAACACUAAACUUACAAAUAUGUAUUUUAUAGUUCUAAGGAGGGUGAAAUCUUAUAGUUAGUCGUUUUAUAAUUUGAUUAUACUACAUUUAGAAAUCAUAUAAGUCAUUUCAAGCCUUAUUCAUAGAGUUUUGUUGAAUUGGAAAUACAUAUAACAUAUUUGUAUCAUAUUUAUACUAAAUAAUUACUUUUGGGGAUUACGCAGAUUACAUUUUAGAUUACAUUUAGUUACAUUUAACUGGUUUUAAAUCCCACUGGGCACAGACGUCAUUCAACGUCUAUUCCACGUUGGUUCAACAUCAUUUAAUUGAAAUGAUGUGGAAACAACGUUGAUUCAACCAGUGUGUGCCAUGUGGUGUGUUUCUCAUGUCUGUAAUACAUUUGUUAACCCAAAAUUGUGAUGAAAAUUCCAACUUUAUUGCGAAUACCAGUGGUAAAUGAAUUUGUUUCACCCAUCUGUUUUGUUUGUCACCAGUUGGUCUUGUGUCUAGUACGUUGUGUGAAACUGACCACCUAACCUGACAAGAGCAAAGGGAAAAUUGUAAUGGAAACUUGAUUGUGAAUGCCAACUUUAUUGCGAAUGCCAGUGGGAAAUGAAUUUGUUUGACCCAUCUGUUUUUGUAUGUCAUCAGUUGGUCUUGUGCCUAGGUAGGUGUGUGAAACUGACCACCUGACCUGACAAGAGCAAUGCCUAGUUCUUUUCAGACAUAGUGAAAAGUAACCUUUCUUCCAUCCUGUUCUUUCAGUCUCUUUGAUGAAGUCGAAAUAUGAUAGUUUUCAAAUUCAUAGUAACAAAAUGGCCGCCAUGCUGUCACAGUGUCUCACAGACGGAUUUCCUUAAUACUAACCUCUCUCCCACCUUCUCCUCCUUCCCUCAGCUACAGUGAAGUCGCGUAGCUGCAGCCAUGCCGGAGUGUUCCACGUGGAGGGAGAAGUUCGCUACUCAUUGACCUUUGACCUGGCCAAGAAGCUGUGUGAGAGACUGGGUGCCACCAUUGCCAGUGGGGAACAGGUCAUCGAGGCACAUGCCCGAGGCCUAGAGACCUGCAGGUGAGGUCACACCUCUCUUCAUGACAAGAGAGCCUCCGCUUAGGAACCGCAGGAUGUGCCUUAUCAAAGGGUAAACAACGGCUGAUUCAAAGGAAGGAGAUCAGCAAGAUGUUUCCCUGAGACUAAUGGUCCUGUUCAAAUAUUCACACUAGCAUACCUCUUAGAAUCAAGCUAUGUAUUGAGCAUGUGUUUGUGGUAUGCUAGUAUGGCCAUUGAAACAUACGUGUGAAUCCCUUCUGUAAGUGUUUUUUAACAAGUUCAUAGUAGGCUUAUCAUUCAUUGAAUGACCUCCUCUAAAUCAAAAACAACCCUGCUGAAAGAAAAGCAUAGACCAGCAUAUGAUGGUGACUAGUGCUGGUUUUGCUGGUAAUCAGCCUUCGUUGUAUUUUGGACACUGGUAUGCUGGUGACCAGAUUAUAGUAGUAGUUGAUAAAAUGUUUUAAAGUGUAGGCCAUACUUUGCAGCUAAAAGCUGAAUUGCAGUACACGGCACAUACAAGUAAACAAAUCUCAAAACACUUGAAAAGCAAAAACAUCAAUAAAAAAUAUGAUUGACAUGAGUAAUACAGUAGGUCUGGACUAUAAAGUUCUCAGUACGUUACUUCAAGCCUCCAACAGAUGGAGCGACAGUCAAUAGCACAACGUUUGAGCAGAGGGAGGUGCAGGUGAUCAACAGGACGUCCGGGGGCAGGCAGGUAGCUCAAGGAGUCUCGCCGUCUGUGUCUUCUCUGUAGCGGUAGGACAAUUGUAGAACGAGAUGCAGUUUGUAUUUUAGCUCCACAUGCAGUCAGGAUUCAGUCCACUCAUAACUUUGGAGAAAUGCUCUUGAGCAAUGAAUUCCUCACUGCCAACUUGCCACUGCAUUGUAGUCCCCCUCUUGGAUCAAGUAGACCAUAGAAACAUCCAAACGUAGGCUGAUGUAUUGAAAUCAAAACAACAAGCAGCUAGCAUUGUUAGCUAGCUAUCUUGAAAAGCUGGUUUGCGAUUUAUUCUUGGGAAGGAUUCUUUGAUUUGUUUAUCCAGACUAAAUCUAUACUCAUUUGGCUAUUCAAAAACAAAAAUAACGUAAAAUGAUUCAUACAAAAGACCCCAUAAAAUUAUUAAAUAUUUACAAAAUAUACAGGAGCUCUCUGUCUAGGCUGCUAAUAUAGCGCCAUGGCAACUGUACAACUUAUGCUGGUGACGCUGAUAUGCUGAUGACCAGCACAAACUGGUCACCAGAAAAACCAGCAUAAAAGUGCUUAAUUAUUUAAGACAAUACAUUACAUAUCACAGGGCCUUACUUAUCAGGCCUGCCAGUCACAUUAUUCUGGCUUGCAGAGUUACAUUUAAUUCAUAUUGGUAUCCAGCCAGAGUGGGGAUAUUCAACAAUUGGAACUGUUGUUCACCCACAAUUGAAACAAAAAAAUCCUAAAAUCUAACUGCAAUAGAGGAUGCUGGAAAAUGUGAUAAUGAUGGGCGUGGUUUUGCCAGCUAGACCAUGCUGGUCAGACCAGCUUGACCAGCUAGACCAUGCUGGACCAGCUUGGUUACCAGCAUCACCAGCUUAACCAGCUAGUUGGCCAUCCUUACCAGCUAGAUCAUGCUGGUCAGACCAGCACUGGACCAGCUUGGAAGUUAUGCGGGUCUAUGCUGUUUGUUUGUUUUUUGCAGGGAAAAUGGUAACGGUCAUUUUAUGAUUACGGAGCCUUGUACCGUGUUCCUUAUCUCAACUUAAACACUGCUAGUAGUAUUGAUUUACUUUGUCAAUACAAAUGAUUGUUUAACUUCAUUGACGUUUAAUCUCCUAUUUAGAUCAAGUACAGAAAAUAAAAAGUAUUGUGUUAUCUUGCUUCACCUCUACUUUAACUAUAUUAUUUUUUACCUAUAUUUCACAUACAUCUUGAGUAUUGCUGAUGAUUCUGUUGUGUAAGCUACAAACACUCUAAAGCUAAUGGCUAAUGUACUACAGUGGCUUGUGAAAGUAUUCACCCCACAUGGCAUUUUUCCUAUUCUGUUGCCAUUCUGAGAUCAUCAUAUCAAUGACAAGGCUAACUGAGUACUCAUCCCACUACAGGCACGACAUGAUGUCCAGUAGCUGAUAUUCAAAUGAUACUCAACUGUACCCAGAGGGGUAGGAACGCCUGAAUGUUGAUGCUGUUCAAUAACUACAGUGGCUUGCGAAAGUAUUCACCCCCCUUGGAAUGUUUCCUAUUUUGUUACCUUACAACCUGGAAUUAAAAUGGAUUUUGGGGGGGUUUGUAUCAUUUGAUUUACACAACAUGCCUACCACUUUGAAGAUGCAAAAUAUUUUUUCUGUGAAAAAAACAAGAAAUAAGACAAAAAAACUGAAAACUUGAGCGUACAUAAAUAUCCCCCACCAAUGUCAAUACUUUGCAGAGCCACCUUUUGCAGCAAUUACACAUGCAAGUCUCUUGGGGUAUGUCUCUAUAGGCUUGGCACAUCUAGCCACUUGGAUUGUUGCCCAUUCUUCAAGGCAAAACUGCUCCAGCUCCUUCAAGUUGGAUGGGUUCUGCUGGUGUACAGCAAUCUUUAAGUCAUACCAUAGAUUCUCAAUUGGAUUGAGGUCUGGGCUUUGACUAGGCCAUUCCAAGACGUUUAAAUGUUUCCCCUUCAACCACUCAAGUGUUGCUUUAGCAGUAUGCUUAGGGUCAUUGUCCUGCUGGAAGGUGAACCUCCGUCCCAGUCUCAAAUCUCUGGAAGACUGAAACAGGUUUCCCUCAAGAAUUUCCAUGUAUUUAGCGCCAUCCACCAUUCCUUCAAUUCUGACCAGUUUCCCAGUCCCUGCCGAUGAAAAACAUCCCCAAAGCAUUAUGCUACCAGCACCAUGCUUCACUGUGGGGAUGGUGUUCUCGGGGUGAUGAGAGGUGUUGGGUUUGCGCCAGACAUAGGGUUUUCCUUGAUGGCCAAAAGCUAAAUUUUAGUCUCAUCUGACCAGAGUACCUUCUUCCAUAUGUUUGGGGAGUCUCCCACAUGGCUUUUGGCAAACACCAAAUGUGUUUGCUUAUUUUUUUCUUCAAGCAAUGGCUUUUUUUCUGGCCACUCUUCCAUAAAGCCCAGCUCUUUGGAGUGUACGGCUUAAAGUGGUUCUAUGGACAGAUUCUCCAAUCUCCGCUGUGGAGCUUUGCAGCUCCUUCAGGGUUAUCUUUGGUCUCUUUGUUGCCUCUCUGAUUAAUGCCCUCCUUGCCUGGCCCUUGAGUUUUGGUGGGCGGCCCUCUCUUGGCAGGUUUCUUGUGGUGCCAUAUUCUUUCCAUUUUUUAAAUAAUGGAUUUAAUGGUGCUCCGUGGGAUGUUCAAAGUUCCAGAUAUUAUUUUAUAUCCCAACCCUGAUCUCUACUUCUCCACAACUUUGUCCCUGACCUGUUUGGAGAGCUUGGUGCCGCUUGCUUGGUGGUGCCCCUUGCUUAGUGGUGUUGCAGACUCUGGGGCCUUUGAGAACAGCUGUAUAUAUACUGAGAUCAUGUGACAGAUCAUGUGACACUUAGAUUGCACACAGGUGGACUUUAUUUAACUAAUUAUGUGACUUCUGAAGGUAAUUGGUUGCACCAGAUCUUAUUUAGGGGCUUCAUAGCAAAGGGGGUGAAUUCAUAUGCACGCACCACUUUUCCGUUAUUAAUUUUUUAGAAUUUUUGGGAACAAGUUAUUUUGGUAAUUUCACUUCACCAAUUUGGACUAUUUUGUGUAUGUCCGUUACAUGAAAUCCAAAUAAAAAUCUAUUCAAAUUACAGGUUGUAAUGCAACAAAAUAUGAAAAACGCCAAGGGGGAUGAAUACUUUUGCAAGGCACUGUAUGCCUUAUUGCCUGCGUCCGUAAUGGGUCCACGAUCAAACGACCACCCCUCAUCACUGUCAAGCGCUCCCUAUAACACUUUAGCGAGCAGGCCUUUCUAAUUUACCUGGCCCGGGUAUCCUGGAUGGAUAUUGACCUCAUUCCGUCAGUAGAGGAUGCCUGGUUGUUCUUUAAAAGUGCUUUCCUCUCAAUCUUAAAUAAGCAUGCCCCAUUCAAAAAAUUCAGAACUAAGAACAGAUAUAGCCCCUGGUUCUCCUCAGACUUGACUGCCCUUGACCAGCACAAAAACAUCCCGUGGCGUACUGCAUUAGCAUCGAACAGUCCCCGCGAUAUGCAACUUUUUAGGGAAGUCAGGGACCAAUAUACACAAUCAGUUAGGAAAGCAAAGGCUAGCUUUUUCAAAAAGAAAUUUGCAUCCUGUAGCACUAACUCCAAAAAGUUUUGGGACACUGUAAAGUCCAUGGAAAAUAAGAGCACCUCCUCCCAACUGCCCACUGCACUGAGGCUAGGAAACACUGUCACCACCGAUAAAUCUACAAUAAUCGAGAAUUUCAACAAGCAUUUUGCUACGGCUACCACUACCCCGGCCACGAGCUCUGCACCCUCCACUUCAACUUGUCCAUGCCCCCCCCCCCCCCCCCCCCCCCCCUUCUCCUUCACACAAAUUCAGACAGCUGAUGUUCUGAAAGAGCUAAAAAAUCUGGACACCUACAAAUCAGCUGGGCUAGACAAUCUGGACCCUUUCUUUCUAAAAUUAGCCGCCGAAAUUGUUGCAACCCCUAUUACUAGCCUGUUUAACCUCUCUUUCGUAACGUCUGAGAUCCCCAGAGAUUGGAAAGCUGCCGCAGUCAUCCCCCUCUUCAAAGGGGGUGACACUCUAAAUCCUAACUGUUAUAUAUCUAUAUCCAUCCUGCCCUGCCUUUCGAAAGUAUUUGAAAACCAAGUUAACAAACAGAUCACCGACCAUUUCGAAUCCCACCGUACCUUCUCCGCUAUGCAAUCCGGUUUCCGAGCUGGUCAUGGGUGCACCUCAGCCACGCUCAAGGUCCUAAACGAUACUAUAAACACGAUCGAUAAAAGACAGUACUGCGCAGCUGUCUUCAUCGACCUGGCCAAGGCUUUCGACUCUGUCAACCACCGCAUUCUUAUUGGCAGACUAAAUAGCCUUGGUUUCUCUAAUGACUGCCUCACCUGGUUCACUAACUACUUCUCAGAUAGAGUUCAAUGUGUCAAAUCGGAGGGCCUGUUGUCUGGACCUCUGGCCGUCUCUAGGGGCGUGCCACAGGGUUCAAUUCUCGGGCCGACUCUAUUCUCUGUGUAUAUCAAUGAUGUCGCUCUUGCUGCUGGUGACGCUCGGUUCCACCUCUAUGCGAACGAAACCAUUUUGUAUACAUCUGGCCCUUCAUUGGACACUGUGUUAACAAACCUCCAGACGAGCUUCAAUGCCAUACAACACUCCUUCCGUAGCCUCCAACUGCUCUUAAACAGUAGUAAAACUAAAUGCAUGCUCUUCAACCGAACACUGCUUGCACCCGCCCACCCGACUAGAAUCACUACUCUCGGCGGGUCUGACCUAGAGUAUGUGGACAACUACAAAUAUCUAGGUGUCUGGUUAGACUGUAAACUCUCCUUCCAGACUCACAUUAACCAUCUCCAAUCAAAAGUUAAAUCUAGAAUUGGAUUCCUAUUUCGCAACAAAGCCUCCUUCACUCAUGCUGCCGAACAUGCCCUCGUAGAACUGACUAUCCUACCGAUCCUUGACUUCGGCGAUGUCAUUUACAAAAUAGCCUCCAACACCCUACUCAGCAAAUUGGAUGUAGUCUAUCACAGUGCCAUCCGUUUUGUCACCAAAGCCCCAUAUACUACCCACCAUUGUGACCUGUACGCUCUUGUUGGCUGGCCCUCACUACAUAUUAGUCGCCAAACCCACUGGCUCCAGGUCAUCUAUAAAUCACUGCUAGGCUAAUCCCCGUCUUAUCUUAGCUCACUGGUCACCAUAGCAACACCCACCCGUAUUCUGCGCUCCAGCAGGUAUAUCUCACUGGUCAUCCCCAAAGCCAACACCUCCUUUGGCUGCCAUUCCUUCCAGUUCUCUGCUGCCUAUGACUGGAACGAACUGCAAAAAUGUCUGAAGCUGGAGACACUUAUCUCCCUCACUAACUUUAAGCAUCAGUUGUCAGAGCAGCUUACCGAUCACUGCACCUGUACACAGCCUUUCUGAAAUUACCCCACCCAACUACCUCAUCCCCAUAUUGUUAUUUAUUAUGCACCCCAGUAUCUCUAUUUGCACAUAUAAUACAUUCCAGUAUUAUACGAAAUUGUAACUAUUUUGCACUAUGGCCUAUUUAUUGCCUUACCUCCAUAACUUACUACAUUCGCACACACUGUAUAUAUUUUUUCGGUUGUAUUUUUGACUUUGUUUGACAUAUGUAACUCUGUGUAGUUGUUUUUAUCGCACUGCUUUGCUGUAUCUUGGCCAGGUCGCAGUUGUAAAUGUGAACUUGUUCUCAACUGGCUUACCUGGUUAAAUAAAGGUGAAAUAGAAAAAUUAAAUAAAAUAGCAAUUGGAUCUUAAAUGCUAUUUGCCGUUUGAUUCUAGAUAUGGUUGGAUCAGCAACGGAAACACCACCAUCCUCAGACAAAAGGCCCACGUUAACUGUGCCAACAACAUGACUGGAGUCUUCUACCAUCAUGCGAAUGCAGACCAACCCUUUGAUGCCUUCUGUUUCAAUGCAUCAGGUGAGUUUCUAUUUACAUAUUGACCAGGGCCCGGUUUCCCAAAAGUAUGUUAAGGCUAAGAUAAUUGUUAGAACCUUUGUAGGAGCACCGUUAAAUCUCAGAGCUGUUUCCCAAAACUAUUGUUACUAAAGUUGAACUUGAAAAUGGUCAUUAAUUACCGACUGUGUUACAAACCCCGUGCCUUUAAACGUCUAGGGUGGAUGGACAAGAGACCCGUAACAUAAUUAAUGCAAAUUAGAAUCGUGACAUGGAACAGUGAGAACAAAAACUACACGACAACCAUAAACUACCGUCAAACAUAAAAUGUUUAUUUUUGAACACACAGUAAAGGUUUGGGAAAAAGGGCUGAGCAGGACCCAAGAAAUGAAACAAUAGUGUAAAAAAAACCUAAACAGAUCUUGCCUGCCUCAAGAACCGCUAAGCUACUGCUAAUCAUACAAAAAUUACAGUGGGUGGUCCGCUCAGGUCUAACUAGUGUUUUUAGACAGUUUUCUUCCUACGGGUAAUGUAUGCCCAAGGGCAACUUGCUUAAAUUCCCCUUUUCCCAGAAACACACAACAAAGUUACCAAACAGAGUAACCAGCAAAUGAGUGAGUACACAAAACACAGGACACCACAGUAUCCAUACUCACAUACGGAAAAUAGUCUCUCUCUACAAACACAACUGACUGGCUUUUAAACAAUGGGAUGUGUGAUUGAAAAACCAGAAACAGGUGGUGCAAUGCAGAGGAAUGUCCACUGAUUGGUCCACCUCAGCAAUCAGCAGACACCCCAACGACCACCAAUCAGGAACAUACAGGACACCUGUGAUUAGGGCAGAAGGAGAGGAAAAACACAAACAGACACAGGAUACCUGUAUCCGUGACAGACUGCCUCAGACCACUCAUAGAACAGCGCGUCAAGAGAUGCAUUUUUGCCCUUCAUUUUAAUGACAUAUAAAGCUGGUCUUCUUUUUAAACAAUCCUUAUUAAGAGCUGUAAUUUUAUUUUAAGAAACUGCAGAUUAUCAGAUUUUUUUUCUGUUUUGUCCUCCGUUAUGUGAGUGAUUUAUACACAGAAGUUCUCCGCAAAACAUAGAAUCAAGAUGUUUAUCUGUCUCUGUUAAUGCUGAUAACUUCAGAACGAAGUUGACUAGGCUUACAAAUACAAAGUUGCCAAUGUCUUUGCAAUUGUUACAAACAAGUGAAGGAUACAAAUAUGCUUCAAAUGAAAACUGAGAUGACUGCAUUAAAAUAUAAAUACAUUAUAGGAUACAUUGUCCGUAGGCCUAUAUAUUUAACUAAUAUUAAAAUCUAUUUCAUGUUCAACUGAGUUCUAUUUUGCUAAUUGUAGGCUACUGUCUGUAAUUUAUCCUCAAUAUGUUUCAUGAUGUGUAACAAAAUGUGCGGAAUGAUGUGCCAAAUUUGUGAUUUAGUGCAUUUUUUAAGGUAAGCAUAAGAAAAAGCAGCAAUAUUUGCACCCAUAUAGGUGAUAAUAUUUCUCUAGGAGCUGAUCCAUCGUCAGUAUUGUGGAAUAAUUCUAAUGUUAAGGUGGAUUUUAAUGUAGAAAGCUGAUCCAAAAUUAGUGCUGCCUUUCUUCCGAUCUAUCAGUAUCGACACAUGCACCAACGACCACUUAGUGAAAGUUCUCCCUACGUGGUGAUUUGGGAAAUGCAUGUGAGUUAUUCGGACGUUACUGGAAUGCACUUGUAAGCAUAAGUUCCAUCGCUAUCCGGAAACCGGCCUAGAUUUGGCAUAAUGAUCCGUAAAAAACACACAUAAAUCUUAAUGACUCUUGCCAUCCUCGACGUUCUUCGAACUUGGACUGUAACAUAUGCUGAAGACAAUUACAUAUUUAUGGUUUGUUUCUGAUCCCUGAUCCCAACCUCUGUUUUUGACAGAUUUGGCUGACAAGAACUGUGAUGCGGCCAUCAACCCUGAAUCAACAGGACCAGAGAGUGUUCAGGUGACAGAUGGAGACCUUGCUUCAGAUGCUGCAGGUCAGUCCUGUCUUUUUCACCAUCCACAUCAUCAACACCACAAUCAAUAGAAUCAUCAAAAUCAUAACAUUUUCUGUCUCCUCUGUAUUUCAUACAUUAUGCCAUUCCGCGGCUUCACUUUGAUUUGAUUUAUUAGGAUCCCCAUUAGCCGAUGCCAAUGGCGACAGCUAGUCUUACUGGGGUCCGACACAUAACGAAAAAUACAUUACAGACAAAAUACUUUACAAUUUAACAUGUAAUGUGUGUGUGCAUCUAUCAAUUACACAUACUGUACAUGUCAGUACAUACCAGUGGCGGCUCCUGAAAAAAUUCUCAGGGGGGGCAAUUUUUCUGAUGAUUUAGGUGACCUACACACAUUUAAAAAAAGAUAUGUCCAGCAACAACAUGAAGACAGGGGCAGCAUAUAAGUCAAUACCAGAAGCAUUUAUUGACUGAUCUCAAAAGUGUUGGCUUACCAGGGUUGGUGGAGCCCUCAGUUUCAUCUUUGCCUCGCAAAGCUAACUCAAACACUCCGCAAAACUUCACACACUGGAUUAGCCGGCUGAGGAUGUGGCGGUUCUUGCUAAUGUCGUAGUAAAUAUAUUUGUUAUAGUGAAUAUGGAAUAUGAUAUGUUGAGUAAAAUGUUGUGCUAAGAUCUAUUUAGGUCAGGAGCUGGUUAUAAGUUCUGUUCCUAUCCAAUAACAAUGGACAAAAGGGUCCUAUCUUGUCAGCCUUGUCAGUUUCAGUUCUCCAGUAAACUUGUGAUUAUCAACACUAACCUCAUCGUUGUGGCGGCGGACAGCUAGCCUGUAUCCCUCAUCCAGUUGAGUGGGAAUGUUCACUCUCCCCAAAGCAGACAAUCUCAAACAGGUAUCCAUGUGGGUCUUUGACAGCUCAUGUUUCUUAAUCUUUCCUGAAAGAUGGUGCAUGUCCGUUACACACCAGUCGCUAUCCAAGCGGUGCUGUCUGCCGUGCCACCUUCAGGGUGAAAGAGUAAGCAGGGGGUAGCAGAAGACUGCAUUAGCUACAUCGCAGCCUGCUAGCCAGGUUUUUCGUUCGUACCAAUUUUUGGAAAAUCCUCGGGUGUAGGACUUCCCCCCUUUAGUAGAAACCUGUUGAAUUAUUAAAUUUGGUCUGGGAGGUCCUAAUUGUUUCGUUGCCAAUUUAUCUUCAUUUGUUCGCCGACAAAAAGGAACUUCUUUCAAAGACACAAUCGAGUUGCACUGAAGCCUAGCCAUUUUGACAGUAAUAGUGAAUUGAUUGACGCUGCUACCCGCUCUUUUCUUAGUUACGUUCAUGGUUAUGUUACGUAUGACGAAAGCGCGUAAGUGCAAGCCCUCAGAAACCCAUAGAGAUUGUAUUGAAAGCUCUGAUAUUUGAAAAAAAUAGAUUUUACAUGGGAGUCUAUGACAGACUUCUGGGCGAUUUUCAACCUGACUGAAAUCGCCCCAAAAGGGGGUGGGGGCCAUUUGAAGCACGACUUUAGCCUGAUUGGACAUUUAGUGGCACUGUGGCAGAUCAGACGUCUAGAUUACAACACUGAUAACUACUGUUGCCGUGAUAUAAUUGAUUAGAAAAAAAAUCCCUUCCUUUUCCCGUUUGGCAGUGCGUCGCCCAUAUCGCCCUAUUGAACACACCGCCCCUGGUACAUACACACAACAAGUAGCUCACAUGGGUUAGAGGCAUUGUGCCAUGAGGUGUUGCUUUAUUUGUUUUUUGAAACCAGGUUUGCUGUUCACUUGCGCUAUAUACGAUGGAAGGGAGUUCCAUGCACUCAUGGCUCUGUAUAAUACUGUAUGUUUCCUUGAAUGUGUUCUGGACCUGGGGACUGUGAAUAGACCCCUGGUGGCAUGUCUGGUGGGGUAAGUGUGUGUGUCAGUGCUGUGUGUCAGUUGACUAUUCAAACAAUUUGGAAUUUCCAACACAUUAAUAUUUCUUAUAAAAACAAGUGACGCAGUCAGUCUUUCCUCAACUCUUAGCCAAGAGCGACUGGCAUGCAUAGUAUUAAUAUGUUAGCCCUUUGAUUACAAUGAAGAGCUCGACGUGUCACUCUUUUCUGGGCCAGCUGCAGCUUAACUAGGUCUUUCUUUGCAGCACUUGACAAUAUGACAGGACAAUAAUCAAGAUAAGAUCCAACUAGAGCCUGCAGGACUUUGUGGAGUGUGGUGUCAAAAAAGCAGAGCAUCUCUUUAUUACAGACAGACCUCUCCCCAUCUUUACAACCAUUGAAUCUAUAUGUUUUGACCAUGACAUUUUACAGUAUAAGGUAACACCAAGUAAUUUAGUCUCCUCAGCUUGUUCAACAGCCACACCAUUCAUUACCAGAUUCAGCUGAUGUCUAGAACUUAGGGAAUGAUUUGUACCAAAUACAAUGCUCUUAGUUUUAGAGAUGUUCAGGACCAGUUUAUUAUUUGCCACCCCAUUCCAAAACAGACUUCAACUCUUUGUAAAGGGUUUCAGUUACUUCCUUAGCUGUGGUUGCUGAUGCGUAUAUGGUUGAAUCAUCAGCAUACAUGGACACACACGCUUUGUUUAAUGCCAGUGGCAGUUCAUUGAUAAAAAUAGAAAAGAUUAGAGGACCUAGAGAGCUGCCCUGCGGUACACCACACUUGUUUGACAUUAGAGAAACUUGCGUUAAAGAAAACCCUCUGAGAUCUAUUAGAUAGAUAGCUCUGAAUCCACGAUAUGGCAGAGGUUGAAAAGCCAUAACACAUACAGUGCAUUCGGAAAGUAUUUAGGCCCCUUGACUUUUUCCACAUUUUGUUACGUUACAGCCUUAUUCUAAAAUGGAUUACAUUACAGGUAUCGUUACUAUUAAUCAAGUAUGACAAUUGGAUUAUUUUUCCACCACUGUGUACUGUACAUGUCUUCACAUGUUCCUCUUAUCUACUGUAGGACGGAGGAGUUCCAUGGAGCAAAGUUCAACUAUGGGACAUUACACAUUUACCACGCACUGUACUGGAUGUCACUGUCAUAUGUAGUGUACAUAUGACGAAGGUCAUACAAACGUAUUACACAAUAGAAGCUCAGUCUUGAAAGGUAAAAAGGGAAAUAGAUAUGAUUCCUAUCUCAACAUAUUUUAUAUGAUAUGACUAAUUGGUAAUGGGAUCUUCAAUGUCUUCAUUUUCUACAGAAACAUUACAGUAAAUUAUGUCAUGGGUGACAUAAUGGCUGUCAAAAGAUAGCCGUGAUAUCCCUUAUCACUGUGAUGAUAUCCACUGGGACAGUGUCACAGGCCAGGCAGACUUGUCAGACACAAACAAAAGUUAUCAAUCUCACACCUGAUAGGCUAUUUAUCUCUAUGUCAAGUACAUGGCUGUCACUCUAGUCUCCACUCACUUCCUUCACUUCUCCAUUCCUUUAUGCUAAUCACUGAUCUAUAUGUGAUUGGACAGGUGAAAGCAUGGCUACCAUCCCAUUGCUUUCACCAAUCCAACCUUGACAGAUCUGGGAUAACCUCAUGGAACGAGUGAAAGAAGGAUGUUUCUUGUUUUGUGAACAAUUGUAUGUCUAAAGUAUCAGAACCAGACACCACAGCAGUGGUGAAGGACCAGGACCAGAGAAAGCCAGAGGCCACAGAGACAGCCCCAGAGGAUGGAGCCCAGCCUGAGGCCCGCGUCAACCUCAAGCCUGACUCCCAGAACACCACCUCCGCCCCUGGGGAAGAGAGAGCCGAGAGCACCACUGAGUUACUGGAAGAAGUGGGCACAGCCCAGCCUGCACCCACAGAGGCCAGCUCAGAGGAGGCAGCAGCAGUGGCUGAGGGUGAUGCUUCAGAGGGGGCAGCCACAGAGAGCCCUGCCGGGGAGGAAGAGCAGGCUGAGGGAGAUGAGACCCAGGCAGCCAGCCCCACUAAGCAACCUGAGGUGGAGGUCAAUGAGAUGGAAAUGAACACUGGGUCUGGGAUGCUGCCUACUGGCUCAGAGGAGCAGGGGGCCUCUUCUAUGGCACCACCUGUUAAAGAGCCAGAAGAACCACAGGGCCCGGCCAGCGAGGAGGAUGUACAGGAGAACGAGGUGGAAGUAGAAGGUAAGGAAAGACUCUGUUUGUAACAUACAUAAUAUUACAUACAGAAUGCUGUUUUUUGCUUUGUUGUUCAGUUUGGUAUCUUGAAGAAAAUGAUGACAAUUUAUUUAAUUCAAAGAGCACACUUUAAAAUACAAAUACAUUUCAAGUAAAUCAUCUCUCAUGUCAGAACAGUAAAACAUAAAAUCUAUAAAACACGUGUUUGUCAUAGGAUUGCUGUGACAGGAUGACAGCUCACCACCACAAAGCUUCCCCUGAGCCUAAAAAAGCAGUGUGGUUUGUGUGAAUACCUUGUUCCUCUUUAGACACCUGGUGACACCACAGAGAGAGAAAUGUGGUGGGCUGUUGUUAGGAAGCCUAAACUAAAGACACACUCUAUGUUUAUAUCCAAUAUCAUGUUUAGCCUCCCAUAAAUAUAUUUUGCAGCCUUUUUUUUUUUACAAAAAUAAAAUCACCUUCAAAAACAUUGACAAAUCUCCAUGAUGAAACCUUUAAUACUAUAACAUGAAUCUAUAAUAAAAAAUUAUCCUAAAAGUUGUACAACACUUUUAAAGAUGUAUCAACUGAACAUCUUCAGUUGGACUGGACGGAACAGUCGUAUCAUUAAUCAAUGCCAUGUAAUAACUGGCAGAGUCCAGCCAGAAUCACUAAAACACAUCACUAUAUAAUAUCACUACUCUUCUCUGUCCAUACUGUACUUCUGUACUGUUUCCAAGGCGACUCAAACAUUUAGUGCUUUGAAGGUGAUUCAUUUAGUCAUAUGAAUCUCUAAAUAUACAUCUGCAUGUGCGUCAUUCUCCUCAAAACUUAUGUCAAGACGCAUUCUCAUGCAAUCUCUAAUACAGUCUUCUCUGACUGUUAAAAGUUUAUAUUCAAAAAGUGAAGAGCAUAACUAACACCAUAUUUACCUGUUAAAACUGAAUGACCUUUUGACAUUAAGAACUAUCUCUAAAAUUUUUGGGAAGUACUGUCUCUGAGAACUUGAGAAGGAUUCUUGAAACAGAUGACCUACCACACACACAAAACAAAGUUUGGUCCGACUCUGGAAAGUUAGAGAACUAACCUUGCCCCCUGGUGUUGGGGUGUAAAAAAGAUUGUGGAUUAAAACUCAGAACCCUCACUUCAAUUUCCACUGAUGUUUGUAGCUCACUAUCUUUGUACAUUUAGUGUUAUAUAAGACAUCUGGUAAUAGUUAUAAAAGCUAUAUCCCACUUUAUAGAAACAUUUUCAAGUGCAAGGAAUCAUUUGCAUUUGCAUAGUCAGCUCUGGUUGCUGAAAUAAGAAGCUAAAAUCCAAAAGGUAAAGCUUUUAUUUUGAUUACACUCCGAUUCACCACCAUUCAUGAAAACAUACUCCACACAGACUUGAAAGUUUGUCGUUCUGUGUGUGUCCUCUGUGGAGUUUGUUUGAAGAGGGCUCCCCCUGUUGUUACCAGAUGAGGGAGGAAGAGAGGAGCACUGCUACACUACUGACAGUGCCACAGAAUGACUCUUCUUACAAUUCUGCAUCUGCACUGGUUCAAAUUCGAAAUGCUUUACAUGACCUCUCUGCAUAAAUGGUUUAAUAUAAAACAUUUAUGGUACUGCUGUGCACCACUGAGCUAUAUACAGUGGGGAGAACAAGUAUUUGAUACACUGUCAAUUUUGCAGGUUUUCCUACUUACAAAGCAUGUAGAGGUCUGUAAUUUUUAUCAUAGGUACACUUCAACUGUGAGAGACGGAAUUUAAAACAAAAAUCCAGAAAAUCACAUUGUAUGAUUUUUAAGUAAUACAUUUGCAUUUAAUUGCAUGACAUAAGUAUUUGAUCACCUACCAACCAGUAAGAAUUCCGGCUCUCACAGACCUGUUAGUUUUUCUUUAUGAAGCCCUCCUGUUCUCCACUCAUUACCUGUAUUAACUGCACCUGUUUGAACUCGUUACCUGUAUAAAAGAUACCUGUCCAAACACUCAAUCAAACACACUCCAACCUCUCCACAAUGGCCAAGACCAGAGAGCUGUGUAAGGACAUCAGGGAUUCAAUUGUAGACCUGCACAAGGCUGGGAUGGGCUACAGGACAAUAGGCAAGCAGCUUGGUGAGAAGGCAACAACUGUUGGCGCAAUUAUUAGAAAAUGGAAGAAGUUCAAGAUGACGGUCAAUCACCCUCGGUCUGGGGCUCCAUGCAAGAUCUCACCUCAUGGGGCAUCAAUGAUCAUGAGGAAGGUGAGGGAUCAGCCCAGAAUUACACGGCAGGACCUGGUCAAUGACCUGAAGAGAGCUGGGACCACAGUCUCAAAGAAAACCAUUAGUAACACACUAUGCCGUCAUGGAUUAAAAUCCUGCAGCGCACGCAAGGUCCCCCUGCUCAAGCCAGCGCAUGGCCAGGCCCGUCUGAAGUUUGCCAAUGACCAUCUGGAUGAUCCAGAGAAGGAAUGGGAGAAGGUCAUGUGGUCUGAUGAGACAAAAAUAGAGCUUUUUGGUCUAAACUCCACUCGCCGUGUUUGGAGGAAGAAGAAGGAUGAGUACAACCCCAAGAACACCAUCCCAACCGUGAAGCAUGGAGGUGGAAACAUCAUUCUUUGGGGAUGCUUUUCUGCAAAGGGGACAGGACGACUGCACCGUAUUGAGGGGAGGAUGGAUGGGGCCAUGUAUCGCGAGAUCUUGGCCAACAACCUCCUUCCCUCAGUAAGAGCAUUGAAGAUGGGUCGUGGCUGGGUCUUCCAGCAUGACAAUGACCCGAAACACACAGCCAGGGCAACUAAGGAGUGGCUCCGUAAGAAGCAUCUCAAGGUCCUGGAGUGGCCUAGCCAGUCUCCAGACCUGAACCCAAUAGAAAAUCUUUGGAGGGAGCUGAAAGUCCGUAUUGCCCAGCGACAGCCCCGAAACCUGAAGGAUCUGGAGAAGGUCUGUAUGGAGGAGUGGGCCAAAAUCCCUGCUGCAGUGUGUGCAAACCUGGUCAAGACCUACAGGAAACAUAUGAUCUCUGUAAUUGCAAACAAAGGUUUAUGUACCAAAUAUUAAGUUCUGCUUUUCUGAUGUAUCAAAUACUUAUGUCAUGCAAUAAAAUGAAAAUUAAUUACUUAAAAAUCAUACAAUGUGAUUUUCUGGAUUUUUAGAUUCCGUCUCUCACAGUUGAAGUGUACCUAUGAUAAAAAUUACAGACCUCUACAUGCUUUGUAAGUAGGAAAACCUGCAAAAUCGGCAGUGUAUCAAAUAAUUGUUCUCCCCACUGUAUUAGUCCUGAAUAGUGAAACCCAGGUUGGGUUAUAAAAUAACAUCUUCUGGCUCACUAGCUUUUAUUAUGUAUCACAUGAUUGGAUUCUUAUUAUAUAUUUUUUUCCUGUAUUCUGAGACAGUUUAUAAGUGGGAGAGAGGAAGACAGUAGGAAGGGUGGACAUGGGGGUUGAUCCGAUAGAGGACGUAGGGCUAUUUAUAUGGGGAAUAUCACCCCAUUCACCCAAAUUGUGCACUACUUUCCACCAGAGCCCUAUGUGAGGAAUAGGGUGGCAUUGAUUUACCCUAUGAGAGAGAAUCACAGCUAAACAAUCACUACCUGUUCUGUGACUGGUUAAAGUUAUGGGGAGUUUACUACAUUGCUCUCUUUAUUACACUUGGCACAAUGUCACUUACUCAGCAAUAAUUCAUAAAUAACUUUAUAAUAUUCCAUGGGCAGAUUCACGCAGGUGACCAAAUUAUACAAGAUUUUACUUCUGGGUUACAUAGAUUAAUCACUUUUCAAUUAAAUGUUGGCAUUCACUCUCAGGUGCCAACUCUACCCCAAAGGAACAGUUCCGUGUUCCUUAGUAUGUUCCGUGCAUUCCACAGCUAAAACAAAUCUGCCCUGUAGUAGCACAUGAUUCCUGGUCAUCACAUGAUUAUAUUCAUCACAUGAUUACUCCAGUUGGCAUCUAUGUGUAAACCAUUUGUAAGGCAUUAGAGAUGUUUGUUUAACACUGUCUCUCCCUGUUAUCCCCAUAAAGCCUCUAUGCAGACCAUUCCUAAUGGGAGGAUGAAUCCAGGUAUGGGAGCAGCCCCUACUCCAGCUGGGCAGGAGAAAAGUAGCACACCCAGUGAGUGGCCCAUAACCCCUAAUAACGGUACAACAUGGAUGGGCAUGCGGCCCGCGGCCCACCUUUUGAAGGCCCUCAUAUUAAUUUUUUUUACUCAGUCCGGGUCUCAACUUACUGUUGCCAGUUUGAAUAGUAGCACACACAAGGUGCAAUUUCAAAAUGUGGGUUGUGCAUUAGCAGUUUUCCUCUUGUUAUGUCGGUCACUGAUAGUCACUCAAUUAGCCCAUGUCAGCUAAAAUUGUUUAGAUUGGUAUUUUUUACAUUGGUAAAUUAGUCUAGCGGCCAGCUAUCUAAACUUGUAGUUAUUGAGGUCGAAUUUCCGCCUGUGGGGCCCCCAUUGAUUUUGUUAGUCAUUCUCACUCAGAUAUCAUAUUAAAAACUGCAAACAUUUCUCUCCACCCUAUGGCGAAAUGUGUAGAAUUGCAGGAAAUUUGCUGCUCACUUUCCUCUCCGCCAUGAUAAAAUGAGUAAUGGGGGGUUGGCGGGUUGGCGGGUUGCGGGUGGGGGUUGGCGGUGGCGGUGGCGGCACAACUGCGGCCCCUCAUGAUGAGUUCAGAUCUUUUGUGACCCCCCACCCCCCCCAUCAAAAUUAACCAUCCCUGCUCUACUAGUAGUAAUAAUAGUAUUAUUGUACAUGACAUUAGUGAUCCGUGUAAUACUUUUUUAUGUCAUUAUAAUGGAUUAUAUGGUUUAAUCGAUUAAUGGAAAAUAAUUCAAUUUGUAUAGCGCUUUUCAAAGCACUUUACAUUGUGUAAGGGUACACAUGAAGAGGUAUUUGCUACACGUCAUUCAACGUUUCUCAUUAUGUUCCUCUGUGCAGGUUGGCUGAUCCUUUUGGGAGUGCUUGUGGCACUGGUUGCUAUUCUGCUUGUGUGUGUUGUUGUGGUCAAGCGUAAGAGGUAGGUCUCACUUCACCAGUCCGAAUUCUGGUCGAAAAUUAAUGAAGACUGUGUACAUUUCUCUCUCUCUCUCUUUCUUUCUCUCUCUCCCUCUCUCCCUCUCUCUCCUCUCUCUCUCUCUCUCUCUCUCUCUCUCUCUCUCUCUCUCUCUCUCUCUCUCUCUCUCUCUCUCGCUCUAUCUCUCUGUUAGCUGGUAACAGCAUCCUAAUGUGUGCACUGCUCCCUCUCUCUGUCUGUUAGCUGGUGCAGUCAGCAGCAGACCCUGAUGAUCACCAACAAGGAUGGGAAUGAGGGUAACGGUGCGGCGGCGUCAGUGGCUAGCUCCCGCGCCCAGGAGAGAGAGCAGGAGAUGGUGACCCUGAUGAAUAAAGAGAAGAUCCAGGAAAACGGAAACACAGAGGAGUUCACCGCCAUCACACUGGAGGAGUCCCCAGAGAAAGAACAGCUAGCGUGAGAGAGAGAGAGAGUAGAGAGAGAGAGAUGAGAGAGAGAGAGAGAGAGAGAGAGCGAGAGCGAGAGAGAGAGGAGAGAGAGAAGAGAUAGAGCGAGGAGAGUAGAGAGAGAAGAAGGAGAAGAUCUAUAGAUAGCCGCUCGAGAUAUAGCUCUAUGAUACUCGCUCUCUCUCUUCUCGCUUUCUGCUCUCUCGCGCGAGAGAGCAGUUCGCUCUAGACUCUCAUCAUCCGAGAGAGAGAGAGAGAGACUUUGGCCUGGUACCAAGCAGACAGACACACUGAACAUGCCAGCUGGGGUUGGGGUGGGGGCUUUUUAAAAUGGAAUGGGUGUUUAAUGCUCUAUUGAUUCUGUUUGUUGUUUUAUUCUGGUGAGCAUGGGUGGUUUGUCCCACCUACUUGUUACUAAGGUACAACACCUGAAACUGGAACGACCCUUUGCUUGUCUGUCAGAUGGGCUAGAUAGACCAUUAAAACCAAGAGGAGCAGAAUGAUGCUUUAUACCAUCCUAUGUCAGGGUGGUUAGAAUUGGAUAGUUUCCAGACCCAGGGUUUGGACUGAGUUUCUACAGCAGGGGUGUAAACCCAGGCUUCUGGAGAGACACAGAAAUACACACCUGUUGAUAUUCACCCCUGCCUUUCAAUCAGGGUCUAAUCUAAAUCUGAGAAAAUCAGUCUGGCUUCUCUAGACAAUCGGUAACAUUAAUUAAUCAAUUGAGUGCCAGGUUGAAGUGAAACCCUGCAGACCCUGUGACCCUGGAUGACUGGAGGUUGACAAUGACAAGCCUGCUCUA